UGGGCUGAAGUUUGUCAGUGUUUGAUGAGAUGGUGAGAGUACGCUGAGAAACGCCUGAGAGCUCAAUGACUUCUGCUGGAUGUUUUCUGGACUUUCAGAGAGAAAAACUUUAAACUCCGGAUUUAUUUCACUGUCGAAGGUCGGACCGAUGAGCAGAGGCAGAGCAGUUUUUCUCUCAUAAAGAAGGUAAAAAACGUUUUUCCUCAUGCAGACAGCGGGCUGAUGGAUCUGAAAAGUUGAUAACUGAAAGUGCAAAAUGUUGUUAGUCUGCAGAUAUUUGGCCUCUCUGUGGGUGCAAACUUUUGGGGAGUUUGUUUUCAAGUUGAAAGUGAGGCUCUGUAUCGAGUAAGUCUGAAAAGUACACUUCUUUACAAGCCCCACAGCACGUGGACAAUCAAUUUAUUCUAAUCAGUUGCUAUUAGGUGUUCUUAGUUUGAUUGUUUAAGAAAAAUAAGAAAGAACUCGUACUCUAAAGGAGCCUUCCUACUAAAACAUUUUUACGUUUUACAAACAUAAAAAAAAUGUUGAGCUUCUGUUCUGGACCCAUUUAACAGAAAAACACUUCAGAAAUUGCAAAAACAUUUUAUCAGAUGUGCACAGAGAAAAAAAUAUAUAUUUGCAAAAAUGCAAAAAAAAAAAGUUUUUUGUCAUUGUUUUUCUAUCUAUCUAUCUAUCUAUCUAUCUAUCUAUCUAUCUAUCUAUCUAUCUAUCUAUCUGUUUUGAGUAUUAAUUGCCUUAAUGGAUGUUUUCAGUGCACCUGUAGGGGCCAUAGCUGUAUUUUUCUAUCAUUUGAGGUGUCUCAUCUUUACAGUUCGAGAAAAUAUUUUUUCUUUUUUAGCCUGAACACACAGAAUUCUUGCAGUUUUGCUUUGAACACAAGUGUAGUAAAGUUAAGUGUAUUGAAAGAUGAAUAGUGGCUGGUUGUGGAUCUGUUUUUUUAUCAUUCUUGUUAAAUGUUAAUUAUAAUCUCAUACAAAGCAGGUCUCAUCUCUCAGCUUCUUUCUCAUCUGAACAAAAAUAGCACUAUUUCCAGACUGAUUCAUUCAUCGAGCCUAUAGACAUGACACUAGAUGCUGGAGAAAAAAAUAACAACACAAGAUUUCUUUUCUUUAAGUCAGGCUGAUAUAUUUUCACAGUCAUGCUACACUUUCACCAAGUACUCUGCAUUUUGAAAUUGUGAGCUCUGAGUUAUUUUUCUCUGGCAUGUACGACUCUGGUUUACUGGCAUUUUGCACUCUAAGAUUACCUUGUUAAUGACAGUGUGUUAUUCUGGUGAAUGCUGCUUAUCAUCAGGAGUUGGAAAGGCUUACUAGAUGGCUUGGUAGUGCAAAAGUUUCUUAAAGUGUCUUCAUACCAAACAUUUAGCCCUGACACCGGAGUCUACAGGUGGAAAAAAAAACAAGUUUCUGAACUUUUCUGACCAAAGAUUUCCCCAGAAUAGCAGGCAGACUGACAGAAAACAGGCAUAAGUCAUGCCAUCAAAACACCCAUUAGACCUCCACAGUAAACAUGAUGACUCCCACUGGAAGUGGUUAUUAGGCGAUGGGUAAUUUGUAGUAAUAGAAGGACAGACUUCACAGCAACAACACUCAGUUUUCAUCAGGCACAGUCGCCCUUGGUUGUCACUUCUAGCUCCCUGAGGAACUAUUGUCUUAAUUUCAGCUUGAACCAGCUUGACCUAGAGAUGUUCUACAUGGCUGACAGAAGCUGCUGUCUGUGCCGGCUAGAACAAUCUGCAUUUGGAGAAACGUAGAGUGAAUACUCAAAUAAUGCAAAUUCAUAAACUAAUGCAAAAGCCCAAAACAAAUGCAAUUACAAAAAGGCAACACAUAUUGGAAAAGAAUGCAGCAAAGCACCAAAACAACUGCAGUCACAGCAAAGGCCAUGCAAAUUGAUCAAAAUUGAUCACACACUAAACAACUCCUAAAGAUGAAUGCUGUAAAUCUAGACAUCUCAAUGAAGUACUCCAAGCCUGUAGGUGGCGCUAAGUGAGCCACAAGCCUUCAGUCCUCCAUGCAGGUUAAUGCCCACAUCCCUCUGCUGGUUACUCAUUGCUCUGGUUGAUUGGUUUUAUACCAGUAUAAUCAGUUAUACUAAAGUAUGCUGACAUACAACUAUUGCUCCAGUGUUUAGAUCAAAAUACGGACAAACUUCGCCUUUUAAUAAGAUGCCGUCUGUCACACAUGCUUGUUUACAUCAGGGUCGUAGAGCAUUAUAGCAUCUUGGCAGUUGACAUUAACUUAAAGAUGUCUCUGCUCUGUUCUCCACCUGUAAGACAUCAGGGGGUUUUAGGUUUAAGAGCUAGUCUACAUGCCACCAGGGUCCUGUUAGUCCUGAGCUGCAGACUAUCAUGCAUCACAGAGCUGCUCUUUAAAUCCAGUGGACAGACUAGUGUGAUUUCCUUGCUGUAUAAACAUCUUUUCCAAAUGCAGCACCUGUUCCUGCUCAGAGCAGUAAGGGACUCUGCACUGAGACUGAACAAAUAAGACCCCAGAGGCUUUAAUGGGCUAAUAAGCCGCACCUGCUAAAAUCACACACACAGACUAAACACGCAUACAAACACACACACAAACACACUUUCCCAGACCACCAAGUGAAGUGUUGGGAGAGUGAAACUGUGCAGAAAGUUUAGUGCCUGUCAAAUGAAACAUGUUAAUGUGAUGGAGAUCUAUUCUUGGUGUCUUUAGUUUGCUGUUGGGACACACCACUGUGGGAAAGUCUGCUUUGGAAUGAACCAGUGCUCCCAGUAUGGAGAAUGCGGGUCAAAUGGACUUACUGUGGUCUGUGAAUAAACAGCUGUGCCCUCUGUCAGAGUAAAUAAUGCUCUGGAUAGGGAGGGGAUUGAUCAGAUUUCAUUGAUACCAAUGCCAUCAUUGAUUCUGCUUAUUCACACGACUCUAUAUCAAUCAAUUUCUGCAGAUUGUCUGUGAGGGUAAAAAAAGUAGGUCUGUCAAGGUUAUUGGACAGCUUGAACAACAGCCCCAGGGGAAACAGUGUUAAACAUCAUGAAAUACGCCUCAGUGCAUGUAGGAAAACAUCAUUGUGUUUUUCUUACAUUACAUCAGCUCGUCAUGGAUGUCCAGGGACUCCUGGUUAAUGUGACAGUAUAUCACUUAUCAGAAGAUGUUGUUUUAUUUGCUUUCCUUCUUGUUAAGACUUGAUUGUAGGCUCCUUUGCCUUUACUUUGAGGGGACAGGAUAGUCGAUAGAAUAGGACUGGAAGACCCUGUAUUUGUGCAUGCAAUUAAUCAGUAGACUCCCCUAGUUGGUGACCUGAGGACACACUGACACACUAAUCUGCUUGAUGCAAAGUCACUUAAGACAAUCAGUGUUUAGAUUUCCCGACUUUCCUAACUGCACUAGAAAUGAUGGAUCUGACCUCCAUUCAACAAACAAACAUUUUCAAAGUUUCUUCUCUUCUUGAGGACAGACCUGACAAAGCUUUACUUUUGCUUGCCUGUAUCAUGAUGUUAUUUCAUCAAACUGAGGACUUGUUAAUGAGGAGAAAAUCACAAGAACAUCAGUCUCUAUUUUGGGUUCAUACUGCUAAAGGAAUCCAGAAUGAAGCCUCUGAGGGACUUUUUACAGAGAAACUGAGACUCAGCACCAACAGAUGAACAGUUAACCACAGUGAAGCCCCUGCAAAACUUAUUAUUUACAGUAUAGCUGUGAGUUGAUGCAGUCUGAUAAACAGUAAGCCAAAGCAAAGCCUCUAUUUAACCUAAUAAUUGCAGUAAAACUACCAAUUACAAAUGAAUUGACAGUAAGCCUGAGUGAAGCCCCUGUGUAACCUAAGAUUAACAACGAAACUGAGACUUGUGAGAAACACACAGACUGGUGCUUGUUUAGGGGAAUUUUAUGUCAACAGUUUCUGUCCUUCCACUCUUUAAUGUAAAUCCUAAAUGUUCUGCAGCAUUUGAAAAGUCCUCAAUUGCUGUCUGUGUAUCACCUGAGGUUUUUCCAAUCCAAAACAUGUAACUCUUCUUGUGGCAUUGAGUCUGUAUAACUACAGGAGCCAAAAUAACUUGUGUUACAGAAGUAUUAGCAUGGUAAGCUAAGAGCCGAGCCCUUGAUGCCCGUCCAAAUCUUCAAACUAACAAUCAGCUCCAACAGUUGGAGUAGAGAAAAACACUUUGACUACAACAGAAUGACGGCAGAGAGUGUGUGUGCUUUGGCAAAAUAAACUGGAUCAGGAGCUGGCAGCUUAGGGUUCAUUCAUAUCUGAACUGUUGGAGUAACACUGUUUCCCUGAAGCUGCAGAGUUUUAUUACAGCAGCGAGAGCGUCAACAUUCAUGAAAACACACAGCAGGACGACACACACACACACACUGUGUUACUCUACGUGUGUGUUAGUGUGUUUGUACAGUGAAAGUCGACUCACCCUGCAGGAGACUCACAGCUGAGUGUGUGGGAUGAAAAGCAAAACACAGCAUGAGCAGCACAACCAGACAGGACACACACACAAAACACACGCACACACACAAACAGCAGCUGUGUAUUGAUCUCAGUCGACCUAUCAGGGUGCUGGAUGUAUUUGACUGACAGUUCAAAGAGCAUUACAUCCUUCAGUCCAUAGAUUAUUCUCCACAAAACAGAGGAAAGUUUUUUUCCGAAGGAUCAUUCGCUUUUAACCAACAACAUCAACAAAAAUAUCUGAAUUCAAUUGAAUAAGAUAAAAACUCGAAUCUGGAGGUCAGAGAGGUCGUUGUCUGUCUCUAACAUCAUCAGUCAGUGUUUUCUGCUCCUCUUCUAUUAAUGCGAUGAUGGUUUGGGUGAAUGACGUCCUAUCCUGUCACAGUAAACACACUGUGGUCAGAUCUGUAAACUAUAAUCAGACUAAGCUGAACUGUGUCAGAUUCACUCCACAGUCAGCUGGACCACUUCUUCUACAGUCUCAGCUGUUGUUUUUCAGACUCCUCCAAACAGACGUGAUGGGAAACACUCUUUCACCCACUUCUCUUAUCCCGGGCCCAUAAACAGUAAAAAAACACACACACACACACAAACAAUCUCAUAGAAAAACACACAGCAAGAAACUUUCAACUCAUGAAGAAAAUGAAACUGUUUUUUGCUCAUAAAAUGACAUUAAAAAUGUUAAGUGUAACUUCGAAGUUACAAGUAUUUAUUUUCUCUAUACGUAUACCGCUUAGCUGUACUGAAACUGGCCUGCGUGUUCUGCACAUGCUCCAGUGUUCACAGACUGGGCUCUGAGCUAGAAGUUAAAUGGUAUUGGUAUGUUGCUAUAAAGCAGAUAGUUAACAAAACAUUGUUAAAUGGAAAAAAAAGGUGAAAAAAGAUAAAUUUUUUAUCCUACAAACAGAGCUGUAAAAGUGAAAGUGUUUGGACAAGGACAGUAGUCCAAUUAUGUUUGCAAAUCAAGCAAAAACCUUAGCAAAACUUAACUGGAUGUAAGUGUACUUACUGGUGCUAUGUAAUGGUGUGUUUCCACCAAGUGGUCUAGUUUGUUAGAGCACAGUAUGCUACACAAUUAUAUGCAAUUCCUCCCGGUGCAAUUUACCAGUCAGUAUCUUUUUAAGGUUUAUAAAGCUGAAAUAAGCCAGAGUGAAACCUCUGAGUCACUUACUGUUUACAGUGAAACUGAGACUCUCUGAGGGAUGUAACAAACUGAGAAAUAACUAAUAAUUUUACAAACAAAUCCGGAGGGUUGAAUUCUUUUCUCCUUUUGAUCCAAACACACGUUUGAUCUCAAGUUGCCAGUGAAGUCUGUGGAUAAUGCAGCGCAUGCAGAAGGAAGUCUCUGCUGGGAUUCCAUUAUCGUUAAUGCUGGCUUCACUAAAAUGCCUGAAAAGUUCUAUGGAGGCAUCUAUGUUCCUCAAACAGUAGCUAGUGAGUUCUGUCAUCUUUUCCACACAAGCUUCAGAGUAAACUUCAGAAGUAAAGACAGAUUUUCAUUUAAAUUUCCAUACAUAUAAAGGACAUUCAUGUGCAUUUGUGCGUGCAUGUCAGUACACAAUUUUAUUAUGACUAUCUUGUUUGCAAAAAUCACCUCAGUGAGCUAUCAGUGACGAAUUCAAACCAAAAGCUGAAGUUUAAACUCAAUGAAAAAGUAAGUGUAGUGAAAGUCAUCUGUAGUCAUCAUCUGUCUGUUUCACUGGUGCCCUCCCUGCAGUUGGUAAAUCAAACUGAAGGACCUGCAUGUGUCUGCAGAUAGAUAUAAGUUUAGGGUCUGAGAGCGGCCUUUGUUGGGCCCUGGAGGGACUUCAGUCGCAGGUCUUGGUUCCUGGCAGCUCUUUGUAAGCGGACAGGGAGGCGUCGACACUGCGCUGCCUGGAACUGUGUAUCAAAGUGGGGCAGCCCGGUCUAAUCCCCUCCAUCAGGGUUUGUGUGUCUGGAGCGCUUUCACACACACAGCAUACUCCUUGUUUGUGCAGUGAUGCAGUUGUCUUGGUUUGGAAGGGGGGGACUCAGCGUUGGUAGCUGCAGCUGUGCCCCCUCUUUGCUCAGUGAAACCAGAGAGGACGGGUCCUGCUGGACCAUAAACCGCCUGCACAGACACACCGUCAGCAGACACUCAGACACUGGAGACGUCGUGCAGGAUUCUCCAUCAACAAGACAUUUCCAAUAGAAGAGGGACUGGAGACACAGUUCUGACCUUGAUGAGGCUCAUCAGGCAGCUGGAGUAAUAAAGUGGAUCUCCUGCUUCAGUUUCCAGCUGUUUUUACAUCAUUGAGGAAGGAGAACAGACGCAAAGAUAAAUCCUGAAGAUCCCUGCAGAGAUUCAAGUGAUGUGGUUAAACUUCAUCUGCACUUGAACUUUAUUGUUUAUAAGCUAGAACAAGCGGUGUGGCUGAGCGGCAUGAAAUGAAACAGACUCAUUCAAAGUAUAAGUGUGUUCAAAUCAAAAGAACACAACAAUAUCCAGACAAUCAACAUAAUCAUUGAUGCAAUUUUGCUCUGUAUGAUGCCAAAGCCCUAAGUCAUAACUUUACACCAUUAAUUAGUAGAUGAGCUGUGUUGAGAAACAGCCUAGCAGUGUUUGAAGUCCACUGAUGAUCUCAUCAAAAGUGGUCAAACCAAACCACAUUCAAAAAUCCAACAUUUUAGAAAGUGUUUGCAUAUUGUCUUGGAGACAGACACGUCAAAAACUCACUUUUUACUUUUCGUUAAUCAGCAUCCUGAUGUAGUAAUUUCAGCAUCCUAUCAGUCGAUGUAUUGUCAUUAAAUCACAGUUCAGUCACAGAAUUAUGAUUUGCACAAAGUUAUGUAUAUUUGGUGAUAUGGCUUUGUUCGGAGUGCUCCCCACCCUUCUACCUGCAUAUGUUGAUGCUAAAGCCUGAGGCAGAGAGCGCAGAAGUACUGAAGUUUGAAAAGUCCUCUAAGCAAAAAUAAAUCUAAUAAACCACCUAAAAACUAUAAAGCAUGCCUCCAGUGACUUUUACUGAAACACUGGGAUAAGUGAGGAAAAUACAGGUCACAGAAAACUGUUUAAACUUGUUUCUGUCUGUCUGCUUGCUGUAUUUGUCCAUCCUCUGAGUCCACACAGGUGAUGUGACGGGACUGCUGAUGCCCUGGGUGUUUUGUCCGUUAGUUUACUGAGCAGACAGAGAAAUAUACUCUGCUGAGAGGCUGGGAAAGUCUAACAGGAGCUGAAUACAGGCAUCAAAAACACAGAAAACAUCAAGUUUUCUGUCUUCUCCUGCUUUCUUAGCAUACUGGGGUUCUGAUGUUUCAGUUAAUCAUAGUUAAAAACAUAUAAACAAUCGCAGGGGAUAGAACUGAACAAUGUUGUUGAUGAAAAAUAAUGCUAGUCUUAAAUUUGAUGCCAGCAACAUGUUAUUAGAGGAUCAACCAAACAGGUAAAAAGUUUUGUAAUGUGUAAAUAAAAAAACUGGAGGAACAUCUCCAACUAAUGAGGUUAACUUCCAACAGGUUAGUAAGAUGACUGGGUAUAAGACGGACAUUUAGAAAGGCUGAGUCUGUCAGAAGGAAGGAUGGGAAGAGGUUCACCACUCUGUGAGAGACUGUGAGAGCUGAUAGUUCAACAGUUUCAGAAAAAUGUUCCUGAGUGUCAAAUGUGAAAGAAUAAGUGGAUUUCAUCAAAUACAGAACAAAAUAUCAUUAGAAGAUUCAGAAAAUGUGGAGAAAUCUCUGUACAAAAGGGACAAGGACCAAAACUAAGACUGGAUGGUCCUAAUCUUCAGGCCCUCAGGCAGCACUGCAUUAAAAACAGACAAGACUCUAUAGUGGAAAUCACUGCAUGAGCUCAAAAUCACUUCCAAAAAGCAUUGUCUGUAAACACAGUUCAACACUGCAUCCACAAAUGAGGUUAAAACUGAAUCAUGUGUAGAGGAUACCAGAAAGAAGAUUCAGACACACCAGAGAUUUCUUUGAACCUAAGUCCAUUCAAGAUAGACUGAGGAGAAUUUAAGAGGAAAACUCUCCUGUGGUCUGACUGGUUUGUACUUGGCAUUCUUUAUUGAAAUUGUGGACACUGUAGAAGUAAUAGAUAAUUAAACAUCUGUUUGAUACUUGAACAUUAGGAGUUAAAACAAAUAUGACAAGUUAAGACAGAAAGAGUAAAGAAAUGCUUUUGAUUCAUUGGUUUGUGUAAGUGUGUGCACUCAUAAUCUUCUCUCCAUCCCUGUGUAAGGUGGUACCACAGUUUGGCCUUCUCAGUCACGUUUCAUUUCAGCUUGUAACUCCCUACUGCUAACAAACACCAUCCUUUUAUUUAGAUCCAGCACAACUUUAUAUAUACUUUAAUGUGCAUAGAGCCAAGAUUACAUAUUUUUUUAUGUGAGUUUUCAAUGCGGCUGCUUGGAAAUGUUAGCUUUUGUAGGCUCUUAUGCAGUGGUGCUGAUCCUGUACUCUCUUGAUAAAAUAUCUUCUGUGAGGUUUUGUUUUUGCACACUUGCGUUGAAUAAAUCCUCUUUUGUGCUCUCUCUAAUCUAAGGUUUAUUUAUUUCUGCUUUGUCUCAUCUCUCCGGCUGUGAGUGUUUAACAGUAAAUGUCACACAGUCUUUAAAGAUAAAUGAGCACUGGUAGAUUUAAGGCCUUUUUGUCAGGAAUAAAACACCAAGUCUGCUGUUUUUGGUUGAAAUAUUUUGGUUAUGUGUGACCUUUGCUAACUAAGACAUCUUUAGUCUAAACCCACAGAGAAACCAGCGCUUCUUGUUUUGUUCCUGGAAAUAGAAAACCAGUAAACAAAGCUCACAAUAACAACUCAGACUUUUAAUUUCUCUAACCCACACGACGCUCCAGGAGGAGGAGGAGGAGGAGGAGGAGUGUGAAGCACAGACAGCUAGAACUUGAGUUUAUGCAGCAUGGACAUUCUUAUUUCCUUUUUUGUUUUUCUUCUUUUCUAGAAUUAAAUGUUCGUGGCAUCAUUUAAUAUUUUGGUAUCAAAUGGAAACUUUAACUUCUGCUUUAUAAGGAAAAGCAAAGAAUACUGAGAAAAAUUAGAGAUCUAAAACUUUUCCUAGAGUUUCAUCUUUGUGCAAAAAAAGUUUAAAUUGUAAACAGACUUAGGUUGCCCCUUUGGAUUUUAAGGUUUCCAUCCCACAAGAGUGUGAGUGAUGCAUUCAGCAGGAACAGAAUAGAAAUGUUCAGGUUUGCAAAAACUCUCAUUAGAAAUAAAUUGUGCAAAAACAUGUUACAGGUUUUUGUUUUGUUCAAGAUUCAGAAGAAAUCAUCAAGUCUUAAAUUCAGGUUUUAUAUUGCUGACUAUUUUCAGUCCAAAAGUCAGACCUUACUACACAGACAUUGAACUCAUGCUCUCUUCCUCCUCCUUCUUCUUCCUCUCCUAAAGGUGCAGCAGCUCCGUCUGAGAUGGGCGUGUCACUGUGCUGCCACAGGACCAUCCUAUUGGCUGUGGCCUUCUGCUUUCUGCCCUUCAUCACUUCCUCACUCAACCUGGAGGACCCCAACGUCUGCAGCCACUGGGAGAGGUUGGUCACAAAACGCUGCAUCUUUCUUUCUCUGUGCUGCAUUGGUGCCUCAUGUUUCUACGGGUUUCUGUCUCAAUCUGUCUCAAUAUAAAAACACUUAUUAUGCAGCAGAAGAAAACUGUUACACUCAACCUUCACCUGCUUUAUAUUGGGGGCUAUGUAUUGUGUUGAAGCAUACAGGGCAGAACAGCACUGUAUGUGUGUCAGGUGUCCUUAGAUUUGUAAACAAACCUUUAUGAUACCUUUAGUGCCCAAUGCAAGGAAGUGCAUUUGUUUACAGAUGGAUUGAAACAAUAAAACUGACCUGGAGAGGCUAAUCUUGUCUAAUAACUCAUCAAUCUGACUGUAUUUAAUUACAUACUGGUAAAUAUAUUCUUAAUACGUAUCAUGUAUGACCGUAUUACAGCAAAAUAACAUCACUCACAAUGACGUCACACUUGAGUUACCAGCUUUUCAGUUACCAAGUCAUAAAAAAGGCAAAAUCUGAGGCGGAAACAAGAUGGCUACAUCUACGAAAGUUAUUUUAGAGCUUGCCUUGUCCAAAUAAAAGCAACUUCUGGACAAAUAUGCAGUCCUUCCACAAUAUCUUGGUUUCGCCUCCGAUUUUGCUUUUUUCCGACUUGGUAACUGAAACGAUGGUAUCUUGGGUGUGACGUCAUUCUCAGCCCCGACAUCUGACUUCCAAGGUAACUCGAACGCAGCAAUAAUUCUUUUUACAAACAAAGUAUUUACUGUAAAAGUUUGAGGUGUUAAAUGGCGAACUCAGUCUGUUUGCUGAUUUAUAAAUGAAUAAGAGGCUUGGAAACACAUUAAGAGAUGUGUAAAAGAAGAAAGGUGGAGGCAGAUUUCUCAGCUGUAUUCCUUUCACUGACUAAUCUGAGGGAACAGCUGCAAACACACUCAGAGACCGACUGCAGAGUCGGAGGAGAGCAGUCUGGACUGACAGAGUCUGUGAUGGCGAGGCUUUUCAGGUCAUUUCCGAAUAAUUUUAGAGCCUGAAUCCACGUUUUAGAGUUUACGGACCAGCAACUUUUAAUUAAACGAUUAAAAGAGUGUUAAAACCAAAUCAGGUCAAAUCCAGUUUGUUUCUGCUGGUUGGAUGUUAACGAGUUCCUCUGACCCUCGGCACUGACACAAAGAAAUCAACUGGAACUAAUAAACAUCAAACAUGCUCAUAGGUUUCUGUUUGUAUUUUUCUGUUUGGAGACUCAAACUAAUUUCCAUGAAGUCAGAGAAGUUUUUAGGGGGAUUUUUAAAAAAAGCAGAAUUCCCCCUGCCCUAAAAAUACUGAUUUAUUGUCAAACAAAAAUAGACAUGCAGUACUGUGAGGUGUAAAAUUCACAUUUAACAGAUAGAGUACAAAUCAAACCAGUUUUACUAAUAAAAUGACCAGAUUGUUUAAAAUCACUAUUAUUUUUUCCUAGGGUGAAGUCUGUAGGGUUUACUUCAGGUCAUAUUGGGAUCUUUUACCAAAAACACUCAAACAGAUUUGACAAGCCCUCCACAAGAACCGGCCCCAGCAACUACACAUGAACUCUGACUCAAAUAGGGGGAGAAAACUCUUUGGAGUGUUGAAACAUUAGCAUGUAUCUGAGUGGCAUGUCUCGAUUCGGUUGUUAUCUUCUGUCUUACCUUUUUGUGUAAAAAAUAAUAAGUGGAGAAAACUGUCAGCCCUUCAUAGCCUACCUAUCAUUUCUGUCUGUCUGAGUGAAACGUUUUUGAAAAAGUACUUUAACUCGGACUUUAACAUGAUUCUGAAUGAUGUUUCUCACUUUUUAGCUUGUUGACACUCAUGAUCAUGACAGCCUCUCUCUUGACAUGCACAUUCUGACCCUCUGCUUUUCACACACACACACGCACAUACACACACACACCUGCCUCCUCCUGCUCCUCUCCCUGCUCUCCUCUCUCCACCUGCAGCUGCCUGAUAGCUUUUACUGCUGUUGCACAACAUGUUGAAGAUACAGUUGGAGCCACCACUUCUUGUUGCUGCCAACAAUGGCGGCAUUAAGUUGUUGAGAUAAAAAGCGGCCACUGUUUUCUUUGGUCCUCCAGUGCUGAGACAUAAUAUAGACAUCUGUGUUGGUUUUUAUGUCCGACAUAAUGUUGGUGUGUCUGUCUCCCAUCUUUGACGUCUAUCUUUAUCUAUAGUAAACUGUACAAACAUGUGAGUCUCCAGCUGUAGUGUUGCAUCGUCUGAUGCUCUCUAAAGCUGUUUUGUCUGCCCAUUCAAUAAAUGAACAGAGCUGCUCAAUAUUGGACAAGAACCAUCAACUCCAACACUGUGUCAUUAAUUUGUCUUUUUUAUCGUCAUGACCGAGACCCACACAGCAGCACUAAACAAAUACUCUGCAUUUAAACACCAGCAUGAAUGAAAACAGUGACUAUAUCAUUUGACUGCAGCCUGCAGUGGUACAGUUAGUUUUUACAGUAAAACUCUCAGACUGUAUCCCCCAAGAUCAGAAACAUCGAUGCCCCUGAGGACCCUGUGGUAACACCAGCUCACAUGGGAGUCAUAAGGUACCUUUACAACCCCCGCCCCACCCCUCCCCUGCUAAAGAAUGUAAGACUUUCCUCUGAGACACAAUCAGUUAGAUCUUUAAAUCUUUAUGUAACACAAACCGCUAACAGACAGACAGACGGACAGACAGGGCCACACAGAGACGAGAGGGAGGGGCUAAUCCUGCGUGAAACACACACACACCUGCAUGCACACACACAAACACACACAGAUCUUAAUACUCCUGUGAUUGAAGCAGUUAAAAAUGGAUGCAGAUUGGAGGGGGAACAGAGGUGUGUAUGUGGGCUGAAUUGGAAAUACAGCAUGUAAACACCCGUGCUGUGUUUGUGUCCGGUCUGUAUUGUUGAGUCGGGGGUUUCUCAUCCGGACAAAUUUCCCACAGAUUCACUUUGGGGUUCAGCUCAGGCCAGAUCAUGCACAAUAAAACCAUGAUCACUUUCUGGUAGUUUUGGUGCUGUGGGCAGGUGCCAAAACUAGGUAAGCAGGAAAUCUACAUUCCCAUAGAGCUUGUCAGCAGAUGUCAACUUGAGGUGCUCUAAAAUCUCCUGGUGGACUCUAUAGGCUGUGUUGACUUUGGACUCCUCAUCUGAUAUUAGUCACUCUUUUUGUGCAGUUUUGCGUGUUUUAUUUGGAAGUUAUGUGUGUUUUAACGUGUUUAAAAGUGUUGCUGCUCUAAAUUCACAUGUCGAGUGACUCCUCUGUCUUGCUGUGGUUUUUUGUAGUUACUCGGUGACGGUGCAGGAGUCGUACGCUCAUCCCUAUGAUCAGAUCUACUACACCAGCUGCACCGACAUCCUCAACUGGUUUAAAUGCACCAGACACAGGUGAGGACAGAUGUUUUAUACUAACCUGAUGAAAGGAGCUUUUUUUAAAGGACCAUUACACUGUUCUUUUCUUUUCAUGCUUCAGUAGGUUUAAUGUGUGUUUUCCCUCCUCCCAGUCAAGCUACUCAUCCAAGCGAUGAUCUACGCCUCCUUUUAUAUCUUCCAUCUUAUGUUACGCCCAACACAAUUAUGCAGUAUUGACAGAUAACUUAUAUGUGGGUUGCAUGAUGCAUGUAUCUGGUGUAACUCUGCAGGAAUAGUCCUCCUUUUUCAGACUUCUUUAAUUUAUUCGAACAAAUCUGAUCUUGACACAAGUGGAAUUUUUUCACUUAGAGCUGUUUUUACAUCCACUCCAUCUCACUCCGAAGUUAGAGUCCUGUAUUUUGUAAAUUGGUUCCCAUAUUUGAGUUGGUAUUGCUUCUUGCCUGUCAAUCAAAUGCACAUUAAUCUGCACCAAUUGACCCCAACCAGCAGGGUGGUCCUGUGGAAUUAAAAUAAAUCUUUUGUUGUAAGAAAUUUGACUGUUUUUAACCAUAAAAUUAGACAAGGGCUUUUCUUUCAGGGACUUUCCUCUGGAUCGCUUAGUUUAUAACCUUUGUUAAUAAAAAGAUUAAAAAGCAGCACAGUGUCAGAGCAAUACUCUGGUAAAGUUUUUCAAAUAGUUUCUAACAGUAUGCAAUCCGUAGUUAGUGAUGAUUAUAUGUCAGCGUUAAUCCUCCAAAGCUUCAGGCUAAUUAAGAAAAAAGUCCUUCAAAUACCAAACGAUAAAAUAACCAUGAAAUACAGACAGAAAUUGUGUACAACAUUCAGCGGACUUUCUUUGCAGUAAUGCUGUAUAGUGAGUUCACUUUAUCUCAGCUUUACUUUGCUUAGACUGAACCAAACGACACCAGCAUGUUGUGGAUACAGUGUGUGAUGUUAAGCUGUAUGUUGGUGUUUGAAACCCAACACGAUGGGUGUUACCACCAGAUAUUUAGGUUUGGUUCAAAUCUCGAUUUUGAACAUCUUAACAGUAAAGAAGUGAACCUUUACAUUUUGAAGUGCAGCGUCGACAGUACAAGCUGUAGGGUUGCUCUGAUUUAUUUGUUUCCUUUUUAAAUGACGCAGUUAGAUACUAUAAAACAUAAAACAGAAUAAGAGAAAAUAAUGCAGGGUCUAAAAUAACUCCUGACAGGCACCUAAUGCAGGGAGAUUUCUGUUUGAUGAUCAUUUUUUCAGGGGUACAGGAGUAAAUGAGGACCAAGAAAAGCAACAAAACAAAGCCAGAAGUGAGAAAUGCUCAUCUGACAUUAAAGUUACAAAUUUGAGAGAAAGAAAAAGGGUUAGGGUUAACAAAUAUGUGAGACUAGAAAGACUCAAACUAGUGAGAAAUAAAUUUAGCAAAUUUGUACUAUUGUCAGGCUGCGUGCUGAAGAGAAAGACUCUUGAAAAUGUCUGAGUUUAUAAAGGUGCAAAAUUGGGAUGAGAUAUUAACAAAAUAUUUAGAGAAAUGAAAAGAAUUUUGUACGCUUAUACGCUCACAAAUUUGCAAGAGAAAAUAUUGAAUUGUGAGAGAAAACAAAAAGAAAAUGUGAGAAAAAUCUUGUAAGAUUAUAUGAGAUUAUAAAAUAUAUAUUUUUUUACAGAUUUGAAAAAAAAUUCAUGCAAAAUUGUAGCUUAUUAAGAAAAUGAGGAAUUAUCACCACGUUUAGCUGCAGCUCCUCCCUCCCUGCUCUCCUGGUGUCUUCAUGUUGCCAUGAUGUUUAGUAUGGUGUGUGACAUCACUUCCUGUCUGUGUGCAGGGUGAGCUAUCGCACGGCGUAUCGUAGAGGAGAGAAGACGAUGUAUCGGAGGAAAUCUCAGUGCUGCCCAGGCUUUUUCGAGAACGGGGAAAUCUGUGCUCGUGAGUAUCACUGAACUAAAGAGACUGACCAUCUGACUCAUUUUAGGACACAGCCUCUAGUGGACACAUAAAGGAUUGCAGCUUUUUACUCUUCUGCAUGGACUCCAUGUAAAGGGUUGCUACUUGGCCCAGUUUAAUCUUUGGAAAUAACUCUUAAAAACACUAACAUUAGAGAUAUUGUGCUCCUAAAUCUGGAGUAAACAAAUUCAUCUUACAGAUAAGGCUUCACAGUUUGAUUUUUGUGUCCUAAUGCGAGGCAGGCGAACUGACAGCACCCUCAGAAAAACAUCUAAAUUUAAGCUUGAUUAAUUUGAUUUUCCUUUGAAUCAGACGCUGAUUUGGAAACCGUUUGUCGCCUGCAGAAACUGUGAGUCUGUCAGAGUAGCAUGUGAUCCCUUCUUCACAACAGAGUCUUUUCACACCAAAAUAAAGCCCUCUGUGAACUUCCGACGCCCAUUUUCACAGCUCCUGUGUGGAUAAAGCAGUGCCCUCUGUCUACUGUGAAGCACACAUAAAUUAUGAGUUUCUUAUCACACACCUCCUCCACGUCACAGCAGCAGCGUGUGUGUGCGAGUAUAAUGCUUUCUUUUACUGCCGCUGCCUGCCAGCAGUUGUUGUUUUUGCCGUCGGCCUCUGCUGCUUCACACCUGUUAGCGCCUGUUGGCUGCAAACGAGGAGGGUCAGGGGUGCAGCAGCCUCAUUACAGGGAGACUCUGUUACAGCAGAUGGGGAAGACACAGGUAGCCUACUGUUUAUUUCUGAAGAGUUAUAAGUGUCCUCUGCAUGGAGAAGCAGACGAUGAUCAAAUGUUACUGUGCAACUUUGUGCAGGAUGAGGAUGAAUGCAUCUGACUCUUAAAACACACAAAAACCUCCAUUGUGCAUCAGUAAGGUGACACAUAUCUCUAAGUUUAUUUUCUUCACACUCACAUGCAGUAUUUGCAGAAUCCCAUAUCAAGCCAUUAUGUUUUAGUACUGUAGAGGAAGACAACUCUUUUCUCCAGUUUAAUCAGUCUGCAGAAACAAAAACAGUAAUUCUGCCACUCUGAACUCAGGAGUUGUUGGUCUGCCACUGCACAAGUCAGGUAGUUUUUUGUGUUAAUGUUUGACUUUGCUGUUUUAAACUGGACACAACACAUUAUUUGUGAACCCAACAUAACAAACCUGCUUGUGAAUACAUGUAGGUAGACCAACAAUAAGGUCUUUUUUUUCUUUUCUGGCUUCUGGUAUCAAAACAGUAACAUUAUAUAUAUUUUUGCACUCUUCAUUUAGAGACGUAAAUAAUUAAAACCUAAGCAAAUAAAUGGAAUAGAAAUUGAAAUGUGUAUAACAACAAAACAACAGGAUAUGACUGAUUAUCAUCUUGAUGCACAAUGUGAAAAAAGUUGACAAGGGUAAAUUAAUGUUGCAUUAAGUUUGAUUGAUUUUUAAAUUUGAGUUUGUUAGUCCUGAUUCCACUCUUGACACAGAGGACCAGUCAUACUUACCCAUCAAAUCCUGAAAUACACUUGAUUUCAAGGUAUUGCAGCAAAAACAAAGGCCCAGAUUUACACAAAGCAGAAAGCCAUGAGCAAAGGGGGAAUGCCCAAGUCUAACAAUAAUAUUCACCGUUUUAUGUAUAAAGUACCUUUAAAAAGGGGUUUACAAAGUGCUUUGACAGACAAGCAUGAACAUAUAUAUAGAACAUAAGAGAAUGCAAGGACCAAAAACACAAGAGAAAUACAGAGUUAAGAAUAGAAAAAUGAAGAGAAAAGCUCAACAGUAAAAUGAAAUAAAAUCCUACCACAAAAUAGAUACAGUUAAAGACAAUAUAAAACAUUCAGACCCUGAGCAGCAAAAGAACCAAACAACAUAAACCGACACCAAGAGGACCAGUACAGUAAAGUAAGAAAGGGAGGAGAUGGAAAGAGACAAAAAUGGGACGUGAAUCCAAAGUUUAGAAAAGGUGAAGGGUUGUAGAACGCAAAGACUCCCCUGGUGAUCCAAACCCAGUCUAUAAACACCUGUCUUAAUGUGUAUAUGUAAACAUGUACACAUUGGUUUAAUUCGCCCAGUUCUUCUUGGACCAUGUGUUUCUGGCUGUACAUGUUGAACCUGCCGAGUUUGAGUCAUUGCAGUGAAAGUUUGUGAUUUAUGUAAUACAAACAUGAAGAAGAUAAAGGGCGAGCAAAUAUCAAUUUCAGCAGAGUUAUGUCUUCUGGGAGAUCUUUUUCUACACUUUAAAUCAUGCAUCACCUCCAUCUCCAGCUGACUCUAUCCAGUUGCUGCUUGUCGGACUGGUUUUCAAUUUUGUCGAGUUGCUUUGAAUCAAACUCAGACCGUCACCUUCCUGCAGAAACACUUUAAAUGGUGCACCUGUUACUGUGCACAAAUGUUUUUCUAUGCACACCAAACGUCCUGAUGGAGAAACAGUCUUGUCUGUUUUUCUGUUUGCAGCAAGUUUAGAGGACCAGAGACCUCAAAACAUUCAACACAUACACUAUAAAAGCUGACUGUAGUGAAAGUGGUCAUUGGGGAGUAAACUUGUAAAUUGGUGUUUUAUGCAGCAGAAACUUUUGGAUGCUUCAAAUCUGUUUUCAACUUUUUGAAACAAGUCCAAGAGCCAGAAGCAGAAAUCCUUUAUAACCUAAUGGAUACGCUUUGAACAGAGCGGUCACUUUAUAUCUGGGUUUAAUUUGAAUCUUAGGAUGUAAAAAUAUAAAGUAGGACAAGAUAAAAGCAGAGUUUAGCAGAGUUUGAGGUCUUACGGAAAGGAAAUGAAAUGCUGAAACAUUACUGAUUAACCAGCGGAUGUUUCAUUGGACAGAUCAAACUGUUUAAUGUCUGUGUGUCUGUGCUGAUGUGAGUCUUCCUGUCUCCUCUGUCUGCAGCUCACUGUGCAGAAAACUGCGUUCACGGCCGCUGCAUGGCCCCCAACACCUGCCAGUGUGAGCCGGGCUGGGGGGGCUCCAACUGCUCGAGUGGUGAGUGCUGCAGCUGCUGCUGUCUGUGAGCCGUCAGCUCUUUGUUUGUCAGAGAGAAGAGAGAGAAAGAGAGGGAAAGAGGGUCUGCUUUUUCUGUGAAAGUCUCUGAACUCAAGAGGAGAAACAGGCUGUGGUGUCAUCUUACUGACCUCUGGAGUGUCCCCAACAAACGCACAUUUACACACACUCACAGAGGCAAAACACUGCUGCUGUUUUUGUUGUUUACCUGGAUGGACACGUUUCCUUGAUUUCUUUGGGGAAGUUAAGAAUCUUUUCCUCCUAUAGUUCAACAUCUUUACGACUGAGCCCCUAAAAGGACACGGAGAAAAAAAAUAAAGGAUUUUCUCAAGAUCUUUUUGCGUGCUUUUGCAAAACUAUUGCAAGAUCUCACAAAGUUGUCAAAGGGUUAUAAGUACAAAGAUUAAAGAUCAGUGUAUUUCUUCCAUAUCAAGUCAAGCCAAAGGACGGAACGUACGCAGCUGUGGGAGAGGUUCAUUGCAUCUUUUUUUUUGACAUUGACCUCAGAUAAAAAGAUAUUAAAUCAGUUCUGAGACGCAAGCACUGUUUUCUUAUAAAACACGAGUCAUGGAGGAUAAUUUGAGAGAAUUCCUACGGUCGAGGGACAUGGACACGAGGACAUUGUGUGCAUGCAAAGGGACAAGGUCGGCAGAAAAUGAGUUCAAAAUAAAAUUUUGUGAACCUCUCCCACGGCUGAGAAUGUUCCAUUAUUUUUGUUGAAUUGACCCAGAAGUAAAACGCUGACCAUUAACUACUGAGACAACAUUUGGGAGAUCUCGCAAUAGUUUUGCGAGAGAACACGAAAGACCUCGAGAAAACCCUUAUAAAUUUAUUUUUUCUCCAUGUCCCUUUAGGGGCUCAGCACUUUACUGGUUUUUCAGAGUGUUGCUUUUAUUUUUAUUGGGUCUCUAUUUUAUUACAGUUUACAGCUUGUUUGUCAAACAGAUUUUUUCUCACUUUUUUCCCUAAUUUUUCAUACAACAUCCUGUGAUCUGCAGAUGCUGAGGUAUUUUCCCAUUCUUGAUUCACCUCCUUUAGAGCCAUGGAGGACAUCAUGUUUUUGUGGUCCGUAGGAAUGAUCCAUGACCAGUAAAAUAUAAUGUCAAAUCAGUGCCAGCUCCUUAUAACUUCAGCAAAGCAGGGCACAGUGACAACAUGGCAUUUCCAGGGGUUAAGCUCUCAGAAAAGAGGAAACUAAAACGUUGAAAUGCCUUCAACAGUCAUCAGCUUUUGGCCCGUGUGUAUUUUAGGUCAAACUUGCCGUGUUUAUGACCUCAUGCUCGCCACACAGUAUGAAAGUAUGUAGGACGUCCCUGAAAAAAUGGCCGGUUUCAUUUUAAAAUUAGAGAACAGCCACAAACCCAACACAAGUCCUACAGACAACAUGAACUCUCUCUGUAUAAAUCCAAGACACUUAAAAUGCACUCUUUAAAAUUCUUGCUGCUCUAUUUCUGGAAAAUGUUCUGCUCAUGGUUUCAGUGAAAAUUCUGAUUUAAAUGCACUUUUAGACAGGAUGUGAACUAUAGAUUUAUAUGCUGUAGAUUAAUGUGAAACCUGCGAUAACAUACUUCAUCUGCCUUCAGCUUAGAGCGGAUUGUACAUUUACAGAGAAGUUAAAUGGUUUCGAUGAUGGAUGCUGAUGUCCAGCAGUCCUGUAACGGAAAUGAAGCAGCUGGUGAGCAGCGAAAGCAGCAGCUGACGGCUGAAGAGGGAACAUGGGUGUUUGGAUCAUGGAUCGUGUUGAUGUCUGAAUGAAAGACUCAACUGUUAAUGAGCUUCUGUGCAGCUAAAUUUAAUUUGAAAAUACCAUCAGCUUUGUUUUAGCGCAAACUGAACUCAGGCUGUGAAGGACGCUCAAGCUUACAGCAACUUAGUUGACAGAAUUAGUGAAGGUAGCCCUUUAAAAAGUCAUGUUUAGUGUUCAUGCACACUUAAUGACAGAUACACUGUCCUUACCAAGUUGCUGUUACUUUUGGUCGGUUUUAAACACUUCCUGUUUUGGUUGAUUAAUUGACAUACCAACAACACUGUGCCAUGUUUCAACACUGAUUGAACUUUAUGUAAGUCAGUCAUUGCCAUAGCUAAGACUGCUGUUGUUUUAACCGAUACAAAACCAUCUCUAAAGUGCUGCAGUUUGGAUUAGUCAACAUUUAUUUGUCUGUAAAUGUUUAAAUCAACUCUAACAUGCUUCUGUUGCCUAAAGAGUCCAGGUCACACUGUUAGGACCUCCUGCCCAACGACAUAUAAGCUUGCUGUGUGCUCUUUCUAUUUUGGAAAAUGCCCUGAAAGGUGCAUGAAGUUGAAUUGUACCAUGAGUUCAUACAUAUGGCAGGAAGUAUAAAGGAAGCUGUAGCCUGAUCAGUUUUAAUGUCACCAAGAUCAGGACUCGGUAGAUAGAUAAAAAGAUAAAAUGUUGGCGCUGUUGUUGUGGGGAACAUCACUUCUGCCCGUGCAUGCUGCUCAGCGUGACCUCUGUAUUUCCUGUUCUUUAAAAUCUGGAUCCUGUGCAGAAGGACUGCAGCCUUCGGUACAUCCAGAGGAAUUAAGAAAUGAAAAAGGUUAAUUUGUUUCUGUCAAAUGGGAAAACUUUCAGAUACUCUGGAACCAAUUUUACGUCUUCUAGCUUAUAAAAAUCAGAAAUCAAGCAUCUAUAAUUAUUUCAAUGUUUCUUGAGAUCAACCCCAAAAUAAAAUUUAAAAAAACAGAAAUGUCCAAUUUCUGAAUAGUUCUAUAAUUUCUUUCUCUUGACUAAAUCACUGCAGCCAAGAGGCCCAGAGGCCUUCAUUUUGGUGCUGUGGGCAGGUGCUAAAUUCUGCUGGAAAAGGAAAUCAGGAAAUCAGCAUCAAUAUAAAUCUUGUCUGUAGAUGGCAUGAAGUGCUGUCAAAUCCAGUAGGAGACUUUAGGCUGUGUUGACUUUGGACUUGAUUUAACACAGUGCACUGUUAGCAGCAGAUGUCAUGGCUCUCUAAACCGCCACUGUGUCCGUGUCUUGAUAAGUGCUCCAAGUUUCUGAAUCGACUCGUCUUGAUCAGUCUUUAAAGGCUGUGGUCAUCCCUGUUGCAGCCCUCUCAGUAUGUUUUGAUGCAGCACUUACCCGAGGGUUAAAAGACUGAACACACAAAAAAACAUGUAGUAUGGAGACCAGAGAAUGAUGUCAUGUUGGCUUUAUCCACUUUCUACAAACAGUCUGGGAUUUGUGCUCUUUGGAGCCUCUUUGAUGUUUCUGAUGUUGUGAAAGUUCAAUCUGUAAAGAAGCAGCUGUGGAUGAAGAAGGGGAAGUCCUGCUGUCUUGCUUGUCUCCAUCAGUUCAUCAGCGGACACUGGGAAGCUGUCUGAUCUCAGACCAGCUCAUGUCUUCAGGCUAGUGUUGUCACAGUUUAUCAGCCACAGUUGUAGCCAGAGCUCUUUACCACAUUAAAUCUAAUGUUUGUGUUUGGAGCUGUUAAUAACACUGCUGGAAACAUGACCUCUCUUGGCAGCAAACAUGCAGACACUGCCUGUCUGAUGGAGGUUAUUUUAAUGUGUCUCCAGCAGUAGUCCAGACCUAUGUGCUGAUAUGUAUGAGCGGCCCACAGGGUGUUCCCCCACCGUUUUCAGUGUCAGUCUGUAAUAAAGAAGCUUAUUGUUGAGUCUCUGCUCUCCUGGGUCCCAGCAGGCUGGCCUGUCUGUCUGGAAGUUUCUCCCCUCUACAGGAGCUUAAUGAAAGUAUGAAUGACGGGAAACUUUACCCUCUUUGCUGGAAGAUGAGACUGGAUUAAGGAACUAUUAUCAAGGAUUUAUAUUGAGUUAUGUUGCAGAGUUCUGCACUGGUAUGUUUGCACAAGUUCAGAAAAAAUCGUCUGCAUUUGUUAAAAAUAGUUUUAUGCUGGACAAAGUCAGGAAAAAGACCAAUUGGGGGUGACAUUUCUACAGCAACGUAAAGAAAUGAUCUAAUCUAGAUUUUCCUCAAACUUAACCAUGCUUACAUGCGUUGUCUAAAACUGUACCCCCAAGAACUUUCACAGUUUUAAAGACAUAACAAUACAGAUGCUUUUUGACUGUUUGGAUCCUUGAUGUCAACUUUUUGCCAUCGGCUAUUGGUCAGCCAUCAGUCAGUGUGUUUACAUGCACAGCUUAAUCAGACCAAGCUCAUAAUUUGUUUUUUUUUCGCCAAUCAGACUUCGAGAAAGAAGAGCAUCGUACAGCAUCGUUUUUGUACGCGCUACUUUUUCUCCAGAUGAGGUGCUCGCUACUACUUGUGCCACUUCUUCUCCGGUGUUUUUGUUCUGGGGUUACGGGGACGUGACACACGCCCACAUGCAUUGUCCAAUCAUACUCCGACUACGCUGGUUACAUGGUAGAGAAAAUCGAAUUCCAAUCCCAUCAUCUGGGUGUCUUAAUCAGAGUUUGAGAACUGGGACUAAGGUAUUAACAUGCACUUCAGUUGUCUUAAUCAGCGGAAGGCAAUAAUUCGGUUUUCUCAAGUGUCAUGUAAUCGCACUGACUGAGUGUCCGUGAUUCUAGUUUUUGGGAAGUCCUGCACUGCUGUUUUUCUCUGAUUAAGUCCCUCAUAAAGUGGUCACUUUCCACGCUUUUUGCGGAGGAAAACUUGGCGAGUCCUCCAGAAGAACCAUCCAGAGUCUGAGUGUGAACAGGAAGUGUUGCAGCCAAGGUUGUAACAGCAUAUCUGUUAGUGGUUUUCCAGAAACUGGAGUGUUAUUCUUACCCUCUUGCCUUUUGUGUAAGUUGACUCUGCAGCAUUGGACCAAAACCACAAUAGCAUAGAAAUGAAGUAGGUGUAGGAAUGGCUUUGUACACAUGCCCAUGCAGAUCACUCCUGUUCUUACGUUACUACAGGAGAUCAUUCAGAUCUACUUGCUGGUGCUUUCCCAGCAGGUGGGCUGCAGAAAUAAUGGCUGAAGGAUAACCGAAGUUUUUAUGACAUGAAACCCUCAAGAUUUACCCCCUAAAUUGAUUUUUGACAUUCUUAGCCUGUGAAAUUGAGCACAAGUUUCAUGAGAUGUGAAAAUUUUACCUCCAAAUGUCAAAAUAGACUCUUAGAUAACUACAUCUUGUCCAGACCUCCUUUCCUGGCAGCAGUUUCUUUUCUUUUUAAUCUCUCCCUCCUUCAUUACAACCGUCUGUCUCUCAGACAAUACAUGUCCUCAGAUCAAUACUGAGCUGAAGCUUCGACAGACCACCCGAGCUUUUCUUUAUCGCUGUGAAUGUGUGACAGAGCAGCUAAGAAGCUGCUGAUUCUCAUAAAAUACCGGGUUACUCGCCAAGUUUUGGAAAUGUUGAGUUGAUUAAAGAGGACAGGAGAACGUAGCGCCAUAACAAUGCUAUAAUCUUUGUCUAAAAUGUUUGCUGAAAUAGAGAGCAGUGUUUGUCUCUCUGUAAAUGUUGAACGUAUCAGGUCACUUACAGCUUUCAGCCACCGUUCAGAAACAUGUCUUUAAUUUCCUGAAGAGCCGCUGAAGCCUCCGAUGCAUUGGCUGUGUUUUACAGGUCAGUGGGCCCCAACAAUAUGUCUGAGGAUCAAUUUGGGGGCCAAGCACAGGAAAUGGGGGAAGUCUGCUUGUGUUGCGGGGUAAGCAGGAAUAACAGAGGGGAGAAAAUUGCGUGGUAGAAAUUGACCCCGGGCGCUGGAGCUUGUGAUUUAGUACACAUGAUAGCAACACAAGAUGCCUGGGAGGCCUCAAGUUCAGCUGUGAGAAUAUCAGAAAAAUAACAAUAUGAGGCCUGCUGCUAAUCUGACAGCCUCAGAUCCUGUUUGUGUUCAGACUUUACUCUCCUGGCAGCAGUCUGACGAUAUCUUCAGCAGAAUUUUGAAGACAGAUAAUUCUGUGUCAUUUUUGUGCUUUUCUUCUUUGUGGUUUAUAUAUGUUUUUUUUUUUUUUUUACAUCUUAAACUGAAUCAGGGUGCUUAAGAUUUUAUAUCACUCUAAAUUAGGGUUAGAACUAAUAGCUGCUAUUUUUAAAGUCUUCCCUGCAAACACAUUAAUGAGGUCUGCUUUACCACAAAGUCCAGCUCCAACCAAAGCAUUUCAGCUGCUCUGAAUUUUUUGCUGCUGCUCUCCCUGCCUUGGCUGUUCAUGUAUACAGAUAAAAGAAAACAAAGCUAUAGGCUCACUGUUUCCAGAGCAGAUGCUACUGCUGUCCUGGCCCUGUUUUAGAUGAAACCAGUCCAUGUGAGGUGGAAGUCUUUGCUGCUGCUUUCCCCACCUCAGGCUUUGUCAUUCUUCACAUGUGCAUAUAUAUGUGAUUUCAUGGGUGAAUUUACUCUAAAGUUAGAUCAUAACUAAAACCAAAAAGGGCUGUAAAGGAGAUAUAAAAUGUAAAUAAACAGUUGUCUCCCCAGAGUUUCCUUUUUCAGUGCAGAAAAAAAGCAGCACAAGAUAUUUUUCAGGUUGCUAUGGUUGUGUCUAAAGACUGCAAACUAAAGAUUGAGACUAUAAAAUCAUCAGGAAAAUUUACUGAUGGAAUAAAAACGUGGAAAAGUAGGACAAUUUUCUUAUAGACAUCUUUAUUAUCAAACAUACCCUGUUUGACAUCUUUAUAUAGUUUGCCCAUGUUCCAUCUGGUAACAAGGAGGAGGGGAGCUACUAACGGUAGAAGCUCUUAAUGUUUUGGUCUCACUUUUGGAGAGGUGUCUUGUCAUCCAUCUUCUUAUACAGCAGAUAUCACAGGUCACUUUUAGAUGAAGCAAAGCCCCUUCAGAGUCACAGAAGUUGCAUUACCGUUAACUUUACCGACAACUUUUUAUUAUUUCAUGGUCCAGGGAUGCAUUUGGGGGACCUGAUGGGACAUUUGAAGUGGUGCUGGUUCUGUGUUUCACACGUUUGAAAUGGGGUCAACCCCAGUGUAAACACAUUGCCGGUGGCCUGGUGGUUUUAUUGUGAUUUGACGUUAAAUCUGCGGAGGAGGACACACAUUCCCGUUCAGCCUGGAUAUCUGCAGGAAUGCUACAGAUGUUUUUUCUCACUGGGAAUCCAGGGUGCCAGUGUGUGAGGCGUUUUCUGUUCCCAUGAGUGCACCGUGCCUGCUUGACUGGGUAAUCACUGAAAAGAUGGAAAAACAUCCCGCUCCAAUCCCUCCCCAGUGAGGACCGUCUGAGCCGAGCCAACUCUGAACAACUGGCAGCUCCAGUUACCGCUCUGGGCUUUUCUCGACCCUUUCCUCCCCUGAAAUCUCACAUGGUGCGAGGUGUGAAGAAGCUGUUUUACUGUUUUUAUGGCUUGUUGUGUCUUUGAUUCACUUUCCACGAACGUGAACUCAGUAGGAACUGAGAGGUGUUACAGAUUCCUCCUCCAAAACAAACCUGUAGAAGAAUAAAAGCAGAGAUUUCCUGCCUGAACUGUGACACACUCAGCCUUGUGACCAAACCCUUACACUGUGCAGUUCCUUUUGUUCCCGGCCAUCUUGAAUGAGCCGAUGAAAGAGAACAGUCUGUUCUCCGACCAGCCUGAAGCUCCUGGAGUUUGGCCUUUUCUUCAAUCUAGGUCAGGUUUCACAAAGGUAGCAGGCCUGCAGAUCUGAAUGAGCAGGGUUUUACAUGUGCAUCUUAGUAUCUCUAAUCUCCUCCCCUGUCUCUUUGUCUCCUGUCCCUCCCCCCUCAGCCUCAUACAGGCCCAGACUGCCUGAGGAAAAGGAAGUAUGCAGUUUUUGUGGGGUCAGAGUGAACCAGGCUAAUGCAGGAGGAAUAAAAGGAGCCUGUUAAUCACUUGAACAACUUGAGAAUGGAGGAAUGGUUGGAGAUUUCUGUGUUGCUCUGCAUGCAGGGCACACAAACAGCCAGCUGGAGAGAGCAGACACAGAGCUAUGAGGACAUUCCUUACAAAAAUAACAUUUUAUGUCACUGUUUGGAGGCAAAAAGUCUUUUAAAAUGACAACAAUUAUACACUGAAGGGAAAAAAGAAGUUUGCAGUUCCUCUUUGUAGCUUUUUAGCUCCUAUUUUUAGUCACAGACAUAGAACUAUUUUCAGCCCUCCGUUGUUUUGCCUACAGCAGAAAGAUGUUUUUAAUGAAAAUAAUGGGGUUUGAUUUUAGUCUGAGAAGUGGUCUGGCCCCAAGUUGCAGUCUUGAGUAUCCUGACCAUUCAGGUCUCAGCAAGAAAAACAGUCUGUUUGGAGAGCAAAAGCAGGAGGAACACAAUCCACCAUCAUGACAUCCAGCUCCCGUUGUUAGUAAUCUGAGGAGCGUUUAUUUCUCUGUAUAAAGAGAUAUCUGCAUGAAGGUCAGCUGACAAUCUGCUCUAGAUCAAACAUGAGAGAACUUAUCUGUUUGAAGCUGAAGUCCCGUCCACAGGGAAACAAAUUCAGGAGUAGACGCAAAAGUUAUAUAUCAUAUUAGCAUUUCAUCCAUAUGGAAAGCAUUUCAGGUGACUGUAAAUUAUACUUUUUGAAAAUGCGUUCCAGAGUGCAUGCACAUGUGGCAGCAUAUGUCGAGCCAUUUACUGUCUAGGCAUAUACACUACUGUUUUCUGUCAUUUUCAGUGGUUUUAUGUUCACAUCAAUGUUUCCUGAAAUGAUGUCUUUAUGGAGAACUUUUACAAAAUAAAACAACAAGAUAUUGUUUUCAUCUCCGUGUUUAUAAGGCAUGAGUCAUGAAAGACUAUCAGCAUUUAGAUUUCCUAACUUCCCUGAAUGCAUCAGAAAUGAUGGAUCUGACUAUAAGUCAAGACAGACUUGACAAAACCUGACUAUUGACUCAUCUUCAUCAUGUUACUUCAACAAACUGAAGACCCGCUGAUGAGGAGAGAAUCUCAAGAAGAUCGGUUUCUGUUUCAAGUUUGUACUACUGAAGGAAGCCAGAGGGAAGCCUGCGAGUAACUAUUUACAGAGAAACUGAGACUCACCACAAACAGGCGAACAAAUGAACCCAGAAACUAUUGUGCUUACUCAACAAACAAACAAAUAUUGUGUAGGGAAUUUGGCUGGUAACGGUUCAGCAAAAGAAAAAAGGGGACUCAGCCAGAAAUCACUGAGCACAUACAGAGAAGUGGGGACUCUAGAAGCAAACCAAUGUCAGUAAGCCAGUAUGAAGCCUCUGUGUAAUUUAAUGUUAACAGUGAAACUGAGACCUACCAUAAACAAACGAGCUGAAGGAUGUAAGGAGUCUUGAAAUUACAGUAAUUACUUCACAGACGUAUCUUGAGCAGUGAUUUUCUUUUCCUUUUAAUUCAAACACAAAGUCGCCUUAAUUUCAGACUUUGCUCUCUAAGUAAAGGAAAGUUUUUGCUGGAAGUUGUUUGUUGCUGACCCUUCAUUACACCAGAGAACGGAUAAGCUGGUCAUCAUACAAAUAUGUUAAAUUGUGGACUUCAAAUCAUCAUCAGGACAUGAUCCUGACUCUGAACUUAAAGAAUAAUGUGUAAAUCUGUUGAAUGUGUAUUUAGCUUUUAUAUUGCCAACAUGUCCAUCGUAAGACUCAUAUAGAAUCACUUUUGCCUUGUUAAAUCUGAUCUGAUAGUUUGAUGUAUGACCUCCUGCUUUCAGAAAAUAGUGCCCCAUAAUUCAAACAAGAAGCAAACAGAUAAAUGUUGUAGAAGAGUUGUAAACCAGAGCGCUGCAGGAUUCAUUCAAGUUCCCUCACGGUCACAGACAUCCACGGUGCUUAAAACACGGUAGAUAACCUCUAAUAAAAACAAAGUAUAGACCUUGUGUGGUUUACACUACAUUUACAUUCUGGACAUAAAGAAGCAUUAAGCAUUUUGUUUAAGUUAUAACAUUUAAUGGUGCGUAGCUUAUUUCUGCCCUUGAGUAAUGGUCAUGUGUUUUCUUAUAAACUGUGCAUGACUAAAUUCAAAAAAGGGAGAUAAACUGCUGUUUUGUGAUUACAUAGUGUAAGGAUUAUAACAUCAAUGCUUUUAAAUUUAUUUUUUUACACUUAAAUUGACUUCACUCUGUUUCUGUAUCCCUUCAUUUUAAAGUCCUCUCUGUCUCUUCACCUUGAUCACACUCCCUGUAAAAGUCCCAUCUGAUGACAAACCGCAAUCUCAGCAUCAGUAGGAUCACUCAUUUCUCCUGCAGCUGUUCUGUGUAUAUUCAAACCAAAGCGGGGAAAGCACAGUCAGCUGCAGAGGUCAGUCACAGCCUGCAGGAGCCCCACAAGCACAUGGGAAACAGCUUUAAUGUUUACAGGCAGCUUUUCAUACACUGUUACCACCAAGAUCAGAGGUGAAGUCGGAGAUUUAGAGAUUUUGAGUUUAAAAUACUCAAUAGUAGGAAACAGUCUCAUUACUAUCUUAGGCAGCCCUCAGUUUGUACCGUUCCUUUAAAUAUUGGACCUACAGGUAUUUUACCUUUUAGUAAGAUUUAAAGCAACAUCAUUAACAUGGUGAUCUAAUGACAUUAUCAAAAUAUCAUUAUAUCAUGUGACUCGGGCUGAAAAGAGAAAAAAAAGUCAUCAACUAUUCAAACCCGAGCUCACGAUUUUACAAAACUACACAGUGCGAGGUUAGGGUUAGGGUUUAAACAGAACAACUGUUUUUACAUCUGACUACUGGUUGUGUCAAAGGUAACCGGCUGAGUUAGAAUCAGUAAAUGAACUGUAGUUGUUGACUGCUUAUUGUUUCAUCCCUUUGAAAUACAUUCAGAAAUGUUCAAAUUUAAAUAUGUCACAGGUGUUUCACAAGUAUUCGGAGCUAGUAAGGAUAUCAGAGUGUGAUUAUUUUUAAAUGAGUGAAACUGUCUUCGUGUUUAUCGCCUUUACAGUACGCUGUAUACUGGCCCAUUAUUAGCAGAAACACCACUUGUCACAAACACUUAAUUUACUGAGGAAAACGUUAAAAAUAUAUAUAUUGUUUUUUCAUACUAUACUGGUUGCAGCUUGAUAAUGUAGUGGAUUCACUUACUGUGGCAGAUGUAAGGUUUGUGUGGUCUGUGCGUUAUAAACAAUAUUAAAAUGCGUCUGCACUGAACAGCAAUAAAUGACGACAGAAUAUGUCAAUGUUACGAUUCCUCCAGAUUUGCAGAUUGAGGGCAUGUUGUAAUCCUUCUAAUCUAAUAUCAAGCUAUUGUGCACUCCUAACUGAAACAGAUUCAUUGAGUGUAUUUCAUAGCAGACCAAGCAGGUGGAUGACAGGCCAUAAACGGGCCGUAAAACAGAUGCUAAAUGGUACUUGGAUGUGUCUUUAUUAAAUGCCAAAGUAAUGUGACAUACAGCUGAUAUAAGAUGACUCUGAGUGGAGACUUAAAGGGUUUAGCAGUGACUUGUCAGGAGAAGGCUGUUAACAGAAACACAGAAAGUGUUGUCUCUAAUGAAGUCUCUCUGAACUGAAAUAGAGCUCUCUGACGCAGAGUCCCGUAAUGAAAGGUUGGCACUGUAAACAUUCGGACUCCCCCUCCAUCAGCCUCCUGACGUGUUUUCUACAACAUGAAACAUGCUGAGAAUAAACAUGUGGUCCAGCUCAGUCUCAGGUUUACUCUUUAACCGAGGCUUAACACGGAGGAGUUUCCAGAGCAGUGAUGUGAAGUCCAGAAACACAGACAAGGUGUGGCCUGAUUAGGGGUCAAAUCCCACAGCUGAAGGUUAAUGAGGCGGGUUCAGGUCGGAGCGGACUAACCGCACAGUAAUGGCGUCUGUGGCUGCACAAAGAAUCAGUUUGCAUGUUUGUGAUGAGGAGCAGGCUUUGGUUUCAGCUUACAUGUUGGCCUCAUCACCUCAUCAGGGUUGCUUCUUAUCACCAGUUCUGUUUGUGAUUUCUACUGACAAGAUUUUGAGGUGCAGUUUAGGAAAAGGGGUCUGCAGUGUGGGAGCCUCAAGAUCCCAUCUCUUCUUUUUGCAGAUGAGGCUGUUCUUUUUGUGUCUUCAGACUGGAACCUCCAAGCAUUGGAGUGAUUUGCAGCCAAGCGUGAAGCAGUAGGGAUUAGUUUCGGCACCUCCAGGUUUAAGGGCGCUCUUUCAAAAAUCAGUGGAUUGCUCUCUCUUUAGGUGGAGAGUGAGUCUUUGCCUCAUGUGAGGAAGCUCAAACAUCUCAGCUUUUGUUCACAGUGAGGGUAAAAUCGAUUGUGACCAUGUUGAUGCAGCGUCAGCAGUAUUAGAGAUACCAAACUGUCAUAGUUAGGAGGAAACUGAACUCAAAGGUAAAGCUUUCAGAUCACAGAGACAAGCAGCCAAAUUUAGUUUCCUCCAUUGGGUGUCUGAGCUCAGCCUGGAUGUAAGGUCAGGAGCUUGGAGAUCUGGAGGAUGCUCAGAGUCGAGUUGCUGCUCCUUCGCACUGAAAGGAACCCGGUUGAGGUGGUUUGGACAGCUGAUGAGAACGCCUCCUUUAGAGGGUUAGCUAGAGGUAAGGUGGGUUGGCUGGAUAAGGCUCACUGUACACCAUGCAAAUAACAUGUUGGUUGGUUGGUUGGUUGGUUGGUUGGUUGGUUGGUUGGUUGGUUGGUUGGUUGGUUGGUUGGUUGGUUGGUUGGUUGGUUGGUUGGUUGGUUGGUUGGUUGGUUGGUUGGUUGGUUGGUUGGUUGGUUGGUUGGUUGGUUGGUCGGUUGGUUGGUUGGUUGGUUGGUUGGUUGGUUGGUUGGUUGGUCGGUUGGUUGGUUGGUCGGACGGUUGAAAGAUAAGUUGGUUGGUUGGUUGGUUGUAGCAAUCAAAUGCAUACUGUAAAACACCCUCAAAUUUAACUACACUCUGUCAUCAGCUCACAUGACGCAUUUCAAAAGAUUUGUCAAGGACCAUUGACACUUUAUUAAAGUCCAUAUUUAAUCUUUGAGGCUGUGAUAUGCAAGACUUUUUUGUUUGGAGUAUGACACAGAGGGAAUUUGUGCAGGUUAAAAUACAGUGGCCCAGGAAUCAAACCCUGUGGAUCCUCGCAUUAUUAGAGCCUGCAUGGCCAUCAAUUGGAAACACAAUGAAGAAAGCAUUGUCAGUGUCUGUGAUUGAGAAAGACACUUCUGAAAGGAAGCACAUACAGUAAAAAAAGAAAAAGGCUUUGCAUAAAGCAGUUGUCGGUGUUGUCUUUCAUCAUAUUCAUACAACACUUGUGUAAAUUGUGUAAAUUGUUUAGUUUUUUUUUUGUCCUGGAGCUGCUCUCAGAUCAGGGUUUAAAUUACUCUCUGUGUCAGUCAAGAGUAAAAAGAGCCACCAGAUAACCUGGAUGAUUACAGGACUGACUGAAGUGUCUCAGAUUGUGUUUGUGGAGGUGAUAUUACAUUACAAGGGUGUGUUAAAGGCUUCACAAUGCAGUCUGAACAUGUGAUCCCAUGAGUGAAAAGAAGCCGUUAGAAAGAGUUUUAGAAACAUUUAAAAAGACACAUAAUCAGCUGUGACCUGUGCAGAGACACCUGUCCAUCAAACCUAACCCUGACUCCUCCUCUUCUUCUUCCUCAGCAUGUGACAGCCAACACUGGGGUCCUCACUGCAGUAACAGAUGUCAGUGUCAAAACGGGGCGCUCUGUAACCCCAUCACUGGCGCCUGUAUCUGCACUCCGGGCUUCAGAGGAUGGCGCUGUGAGGCCCAGUGCGAGGUCGGGACCUAUGGGACCGGGUGCCAGCAGAAGUGUCAGUGCCAGAACGGAGCCGCCUGUCACCACGUGACCGGAGAGUGCAAGUGCCCACCAGGAUACACUGGAGCUUUGUAAGUAAUGAGUGAGCUUAGCUUUCUUUAGAGAAGGAGAAACAUCCUGUGAACGAGUAGAAAUCAUGGUUCUGUUUGUAAAAAGCGGUCAUAGCCAUCCUUCCUUCCUUACCUGGAAGUUGGUUUGAAGACUUUUUUUUAAAGCCUAGUGAUUGGGGUUUUAGUCUUAGAGUAUAGAAAGUUUAUCGCUUUGACCAGGGGUUCUUAAAGUUUUUUGGUUUGGGACCCAGAAGAAAUAUCUCUCUGGGACCCAGAUUAAAACAAAAUCACAAACCCCCAAAACAUCUUUAUUUUUACACCAAUGACUUUAAAACUUUUCCUGUCAUAGAAGUGAGAUGCUCUCUUCACUGCUGUCAUGCUUCUUUUGUUUUCGGUCUUAUUCUAGUUUCUGAAACUGGUAUACGAGGUUUGCAAGCACAAAUCAGUUUUUGAGAAAGUUCCUGAGGUUUUAUAGAGAGUGCUUACAUAAUAAAGUUGUCCUUGUCUCCACAGCUGUGAGGACCUGUGUCCUCCAGGUAAACACGGUCAGCAGUGUGAGGAGAGGUGUCCCUGUCAGAAUGGGGGAGUGUGUCAUCAUGUGACUGGAGAGUGCUCCUGUCCAGCAGGAUGGAUGGUACGGACUCAAAACACUUUGUUUGAAUCCUUCAAAGCAGGGGUCCUCACCGGUACUGGACCUCGAAACAGUACUUGGUCUUUUGAACCAGGCCACAAAAAUCCAGCCUGAACCGAGAAGGUGGCUGUAACUGCUGCUGUAUAAAUGCUGCACUGAUUUUUGUUGCCCAACCUUUUAUGAAUUCCUCAAGGCAAAUUCCUUUAAAGUUAAAAGUGACAAUAUUUUGUAUUUAUUUAUUUGUUUGUUGGUUUAACGAGAAAAUUCAGUAACAUGAAUGAUGAAACAUUGAACAGAUGAACUGGUUCAUAUAUUUCACCUCUAAACUUUUUAACUUGAAGGACAGAGGGAUACUAGUCUUUAAUUUUCCAUUCAAUACUCAGCUUUUUUUUAACUUUUUAAAACUAGAGCUUUUUUAAACUAAAGUAAACCUUUGCUAACUUCAUAUCAUUAGAAACAGGACCUUGCCCACACCCCUGUUUUUCUGCCACUAUGAGGCAAACCUGAGUUUGCUCAUUUUCGACACUGUUCAAAGAGAAACCGAUUUACUAGCUCUCUGUAUGGAGGUAUAAAGAUGUCAGUUCUCAUAGAUGUCAUGUCUAUAGCUGCUCUCAUGAUAAACUCUGUGUGUGUGUCUGUGUGUAAUUGUAUGUGUAGGGGACAGUGUGUGGACAGCCGUGUCCAGAAGGCAGGUUUGGGCAAAACUGCUCUCAGGAGUGUCAGUGUCACAACAACGGCUUCUGUGUGUCGUCCAGCGGACAGUGUCUCUGCAGCCCCGGAUACACUGGAGAACGGUAAAACACACACUUUACUAACAGCUUUUUUGUAACACAUUUAAAGGUAACAUGCUACUGUAUUGGGACAACAUUUAUCUGUAACACAUUACCAUUACUGAUCAGAUGAUAAUCUUGUUUCUCUAAAGUUCCUCUGUCUGUAUAACUGGGGGACAGAAAAAACUAUCAAACUUCCUUUUUCAUGCCCUUCUCCUUGGCUUCACUCACGGGAUGUGCCGGUGGCUUGAGGUCAUAGAAGGGGAGACUUAAUAGGGCAGAGCAGCUCAACUGAAAGCAUCUUUAAAGGUUUGGAUGUUGCACAUUACUGCAGAUUUGACCUGGCCAGAGACAGCUUUCCCAACCUGAACAGAGCUACAUGUGGACAUAAAUGCUUGAGCAGUUGUCUGACUUACACCUGGGUCAAAGUUAAGUCCCUGUCAGGUCCUGGACAUGAUUUCAAGCGAACUUUGCAGUCUGUCCGUCUUCUUCUGGCUGACAAGUUCAGGGUCAGGUAGGAGCAGCUGCAGAUUUUCUUUAGCUCUUAAAUUUAGAUUUGAAAUGAAAUUUUUGAGCAGCAGCUGCAGCAGGAACCACUUUAUAUUGAAGAGAAACUAAAACAGACCAUGUUGACCUGGCAUUUUCUUUGGUUUCUAAACUGGCCAAAGAAAGCAGACUGACAAACUGAACCGGGAGGACAUGUCCCCUGGUGUCCUGGUUCGACCCGGUGAUCACUCUGGGGGGUGAACGAAAAAGAAAGUCUGAAAUAAAUCAUCUGUAUCUGCUUAAACUCGUCCACAUCCUGAAAAGAGAAGAGCUGUCAGAGGAAGCAGACUCGGUGUUUUCUCAGACAGAUCUCAGAGCGGCGCUCGGCGUCACACACAUAUAAUUAACAAUAUCACAGAGCGCACACAUAUACUUACCCCAAGUCAGGAAUAGACCGUUAGAGUGCACUGUAACCAGAAAAUAAAGGUUUGAGGCAAGCCAAACCAAAGUGGAGCCCUACUGGGAACUGGGCCGGCCGAGCCACACCCGAACCCACCGGAUCCAUUAACAAGACGGGGGGAAGAGAAAACAGAGCUGAAUGCUAAACACUGCUGAUGGGCAGAGCUGAGGAAAAAAUGGGGGAUGUUUCAAAUAGGAAAGAGGGAUUAAAAGAAUACGUUAAGCCUGGAUAAUAAUGUGAGGAUAUAUCUAAUAUUACCUUUAUUCAAAUUUAAAAAUGGAGUUGUUUGUUAUUAUUUUUCUUAUCAAACUAAUGGUAACAGAAACAUUAACCACAAAGAGAGGAAUCAAACCUUACAGAUCCUCUCUACCUUAUCCACACUAUCUAACCAUGUACCUCCCUGUGUCUCUGUUUGUUUCAGGUGUCAGGACGAGUGUCCGGUCGGCACGUUCGGUGACGGCUGUGCAAGGACUUGUCGCUGUAAGAACAACGCUAAGUGUUACCACACCAACGGGAUGUGUCUGUGUGAGCCGGGAUACACCGGAGAGACAUGUGAUGUCCGUCUGUGUGCGGAGGGACACUACGGCCUGCGAUGUGACAGGAAGUGUCCCUGCUUCGUUCAAAAUACACGCAGGUACACAAACACACCUUUAACUUCGAAUGUUGAAGACAGGGUCGGCUUAAUAAGGACAAAAUCUGAGUAAAUAUCUGAUUAAAAGGUUUCGAAUUUGCCUUCAAAGUGAUAACACACGUCAUAAAGAGGUUUUUCUGCAUGCUUCUGGUCUGCGCAGUGUAGAGUAUGUGUUGUAUUGCUUGAGUGGUUUGUACAGCACAGCUGUGUGUGCAUGUGUCUCUGCAGAGAGCAGCUGGUCCGGCUCUGUGAAUGUGAGCUCUGUGUCAGGUGGAGCAGCUGUCACUCAAACAGUCACAAACAGAGACAGAUGCACACUCCUGUGCCGCUCCAGAUCAUCCUCAUACAGCCAGCAGGAGAGAAAAACAUCAUGCACACUGUUAGCCUCUGCACAGGAGAGAGAAAACUGAUCAAAAACCUGCAUUAACUUAUGUCAGAGUUCAGCAACCUUAGAUAAACUUCAUUGGUCCAAAUAAGAGAUAUAGGCUCAGAUUCAGUGGGGAAUUCAGGCUGUUUAAGGGACAGUCCACCUCCACUAUGACCCCGAGCAUGAGUGCACAGAAAGUUAUGACAAAUGAAGAUCUGAUGGGGUUUUUUUUUAUCCCUAAAACUUAUCUUUUUUAAUACAUUUUAUGGCAGAAGGGGGACAUCUAAAUGAUCAAACCUGAGGGCACUUUGUUUUUAAACAUUUUAUUUACUGGACAAGCACCCAAGGGCCCCUUGGAAAUGUUUUAUCUUGUAGAACAGGAACUAUUUAAAACAUUUUUAUGCAUUUAUAUGAAUAGGACACCAGAAAAGGCAUUUUAAUUAAAAUGUUUUAUUUGCUACAGGGACCUUAAUCAAGAAAAUUGUGCAGCAUUUUUUCAGUCAUGAGAGCAGAGUGUAAAAAUACUGCACAAUUAUUACCCUAGUGCUUAACUUAAGAGGCGUGUCGGCUGUGUGAAAGCCUAAAAAAGGCUGUAUCUGUGUUGACAGAUUGAACUGUCCAGACAGUCACCAUGUCGGAGUUUCAGGACAAACUUUUUUAUUAUUUGCCAGAUUCUUCAAAAGAUUAGUGGACCAGUUGUCAUGAAAGAAAAAAAUGGUGUACAAUGAAAACUACAUUCUGUGGUGCAAACAUCUCAAGUAUUCCACAGUAAGAUGCCAGACUAUUUAAACCCACAAACAGAAUCAGUGUGCAUUGAGUUGGGUUGUUGUUUACCUUUUGUUUGAAGAAUUGUUCUAACUCUCUUUUGUGGAGUGAAACUUUAAGCCCAGAGUUUUUACAUCUUAAAACCUGGCUCUCAGAAUUUUGGGAGUUUCCAUGUUCUAGCAUUCCGCAUUUUAAUGUUAAAACACAGGGUCUGUCAGAAGGAACAAAAGACGCUGUAAUAAAAACUAAAUCAAAUUCACAGUUUAUGUAACUUUGACCCAUACAGACAUUAAUCUUCCAAAGAAACACUUUAUGUAGCCUCAUUAGUAACAAAGCCUAGAGGAAGGAUUAUAAAACAAUGUUAAAAAGGGAUCUUUAUUCCACUGAAACUACUAUUUACAGUUUUAUGCUUUUUGAAAGAAGUAAAGAUGUGAAUAGAAAAAAAAUCCUGACGACUCUAAGAUGUUGUUUUACACCCAGGCAUUCCGUUAGCUAACAUCGGAGCUAACUUUAGCAUGUUUGAAAUCCAUAGAUCUGAUAGAAAAGAGAAAUGUUUGCUCAAGCUAGAGAACAAUUAUAUGGAUGUAGAGCCAGCCCAAGCCUCCAUGGGUGGGGGUGUCACCUCAACAGCGGUGUGUACAUCUGUAAUAGAUUGGCAGGUAGUCAGCGCCCCUAUGCACCACACACACUACAUAUCCAGUUUUUGUGGCCCUAUUGUUGAUCAGCCUGUUGCUAAGACAAUUGCAUAAACGUUGAUUGAAAGUCGCUGGUUUACAAGAUCACUCUUCACCUAUGGCCAUGUAAUAGCCAUAUAAUGUGGUGGCAGGUAAUGAGAUUAUUUCUUUGUACCUGCAAAUUCCUUUGAAUAAAUCCACAAAUUAUAAAUUAAAUGUAAAAUUACUGGGUUUUUUUGGAUUCAUAGAAAAACAUUUGAAAGAAUAUAAAGUAACCGGAUAGCUUUGUCACAUUGACUGUCAGGUUUGUAUCACUACAUUUGACAUCAUAUCAGUUAAAAAGCUGUAUGACUUCAUUAGUUGAUGCAAAGUGACUCCUGUGGGCUUUAAAUGUUGAUCAAGGUUCUAACAGUUUCACAGCAGUAAUAAACCUGCAGAAUCACAAAAAUAUAUAUACAUAUAUAUAUAUAUAUAUAUAUAUUUAGGGAUAACAUCACAGUUUUGUGUCUCUUGUUUACAGUUGCCACCCGAUGUCAGGUGAGUGCACUUGCAAACCGGGCUGGUCGGGUCUCUACUGCAACGAGACAUGCACACCUGGGUUUUACGGCGAGUCGUGUCAGCAGGUGUGUCAGUGUCAGAACGGAGCUGACUGCCACAGUGUGACUGGAGAGUGCAUCUGUGCACCUGGAUUCACGGUAAACACAUUUUGAGAACAGUUCCUUUCAUACAGUGUGUGAAUAACAGCAUGUGUGAAUAAAAAUGUGAUUAUAAAAAAGCAGUAAACUUAAAAAUCGUUUGCUAUACUCAGAAAAUUUGAUCCAAAUGUACUGACAAUCACAGGCUCCAUGGCUUCUCUUUAUUUGAAGAAGCGAACAUCAGUUAUGUUGCAGCUCUUUAGCAGCAUCUAGUGGUAGCAGGAAGAACUACAAUAAUAUACUAGAAUUAGCCAUCAGCGCAUGUUCACAUUUUUGCCUAUUUGAUGUAAGUUUUUGAAUAUAUUUUCAAUCGGUUCACAUCCCUAGAACCUUAAGAACUUUUUAUUUGACAAAAGUCUGAAAAUUGUGUCAUAUACAAUAAAAACAGUAAUUUUACAUGAUUUUUAUUACAGAUUUGUCUCAACUAAUUGUGGAAACUUCUUUAUGUGAAAUAAUUCUAAAUUUGAGAACUUGAGAAAAAUGUUUACAUUGCGGAAGCUGCUGAAGCUCUGUGCCUUCACAGUUCCUGAAAAAUAUUUUCUUUUUUGUUUCCACAAUGCAAAUCUGGUAUUAUUGGAAAUUUACCCGAGGUGCUGUGUGCUUUUGGGCAGCAGUGUUUAAGCUUGUUCAUGUUUAUGUCCACAUCAUGACUUUUAAUUCACUUUUUACUUAACUUUAUUUUAUUUGAGUUUUUGAAUAAACAUUUUCUGUUAUGAAUAGAUGUGUCUUUUAGUGAUCCAGAGCUUCACAUGAGCACAAGAAAACUUUUUCCAAGUAUGAUGAAACCAAACUCAGAAAACAAAUCCUCAUUGUUUCCAUGUGAAACUUUUCUGUUUAAAAAAUUUAUGAUCCAUGGAAAAGUUUUAUGUGGAAACAAUUUAACUCUGUGGGAACCAAGUCCAUGAUUUUUUGCCUGUUCCCACAGAUACUAAAUCCACAUGUCACCUUUGAUCUUUACUGAAGAAUUAGUCAUUAAUCAUGUGUAAUGUUGGUCAAACUCUGAAAAAGAGAUAAAAAACUGUCUCCUGUUGUUUCAUUUUCUUUAGGGUCCAAAUUGUUCGGUCCCGUGUCCUGCAGGAACUCACGGUGUGAACUGUUCCUCCACCUGUGACUGUAAGAACAGAGCUCAGUGCUCACCUGUGGAUGGAUCCUGCACCUGCAAACCAGGUGAGCUAAGGAGGAGACAGAGAGAGAGAAUAUGACAGGAAAACACGUUAUCAGACUGGUCUUGUACUGGUCAUGUACAAAUAUAUGCAUACUUAAGUGAAAACACAUAUUCAUAUGCAUCUAUACACAUCCACAUAAAGUAAAAGUGGCGUAGCUUUUGAAAUCUUCCUUCCUUCCUUAACUUGCUUUUUAUUUUAGGAUUAUUUCUGAUCUUAAAAAAAAUUCUCUCUCUGUGGUCAGGUUGGCACGGCGUGGACUGCUCUAUCAACUGUCCCAGCGGCACCUGGGGUCAGGGCUGUAACCUCACCUGUCUGUGUGGGAACGGAGGAGCCUGUAACGCUCUGGACGGUCAGUGUACCUGUGCUGCAGGAUGGAGGGGGGACAGGUGUGAACUGCACUGUCAGGUGAGAUGAUAUCAAUAUCAUAGGUGUCGAUUUAUUCGUAAGAUUAACUUAAAUGUUUAACUUGUUAUAAAGUAUUUUUUCCCUAAUCGAUAAACUCUUUCACAAUGAUUAAUAUUUAGUCUUAUUUAUGUAUGUAUGAAUGUAACACUAAUGACCAUCAAUUUUUGUCUUGUAUAAGAUACUAAGUAAUUACAAAACAUCUAUCUCAAUAUAGAUAUGAAUCAUUACAAAUGAACCUCAACCAAAGAGAAUAUCAUUUAUUAGCUUCAUUAACCUUUAUUAAAAAAUAAUCAGCAUUUGCCUAUAAAACAUGAAUAUUAGAAUGACGUCUGUAAAUCAUCCAAAAUAUUUAAAUGACCGUUUAUGACUAUUUACAGCCGUUUACUGCUCUACAAGGCAAUAACGAACCAGUCUAAAUUUUGUCAAUAACAUCAUCUUUGCAUUCCAGAAUACAAGUCAUGAUCCAUAUUCAUGGAGCCUGCAACCAUCGUCAAAUAAUUAAAUGAAAAUCAUUUAUGUUCAUACUCCUGUUCUUUUUUUAAGGACGGGACAUACGGUCUGGACUGUAAAGAGCGAUGUGAUUGCAGCCAUGCUGACGGAUGUCAUCACUCCAGUGGACACUGCAGGUGUCUGGCUGGAUGGACAGGUGAGACUUUUUUAUAUGUUAUACCAUCAGAUUUAAUGAUUUAUGUUAAAGAUCUUAAAGCACAGCAGCUGCUCCAGCAGUAUUUAGUCAAAAUCAAAUGUGCUGCUGGUUAAAAAAAGGUGCCUGUCAAUAGAUAAAUGAGCCAUAGAGACACAAACUGGGGCUCUAUAGGAACUGACUGACUGCGGGACACAGCCUCUAGUGGACACCAGAGGAACUGCAGAUUUUGCGUUGGCUUACUUGAUUAGACUGGAGGAUGCCUUUUGAUCGCAUUGAUUGUGUGUGUGUGUCUGUGUGUGUGUGAGCAGGUAUCCACUGUGACAGUGUGUGUGCAGAGGGCCGCUGGGGGCCGAACUGUUCGCUGCCGUGUAACUGUAAGAACGGAGCGUCCUGCUCACCGGACGAGGGGACCUGUGAGUGCGCUCCAGGAUUCAGAGGGACCACCUGUCAGAGGAGUGAGUGAAUCAUCAUCAUUAUUAUUAUCAUCAUCAUCAUCAUCAUCAUCAUCAUCACACACUGCUACAAAACAACAACAUAUUAGUAACAUUCACAUAUUAAACUGAGAUCAUACACAAAAAGAUGUCAAGUGCUCAAAGUAAAGCAGUCCUUUGGGAGAUCAUAGUUAUAUGAUAUGCUGAACCCUUAAAGCAGAGCUGCAAUAUGUAUUAGGACAUAAAAAAACAGGCAUUUAUAUCUGAUAAAUCUAGUGUAAUUGUUCGUAAUGCUCAUUUAAACUCCUGAACAUGUAACAGUAGCGCUGAAGAUUAAAAAUUUCAGGUAUUCGUGUUCAAGCCCCUUAAAGGUGUAUUUUAAGAAUAUAAUAGACAGGUCUUUAUGUCUCCUCUUGUUUUUCUGCAGUCUGCUCUCCGGGUUACUUCGGUCAUCGCUGCAGUCAGACAUGUCCUCAGUGUGUUCACAGUAAUGGACCAUGUCACCACGUCACAGGACAGUGUGACUGUCUGCCCGGAUUCAAGGGGGCGCUGUGCAAUGAGGGUGAGUCCCUCUGCAAAAAAAAUCACAUGUUUUUUACUGAGCAACAAAUUCAUGGCUCCUGUGCACACUCUUAUGUUUGCAUUAAACUGUGGGAUUUAACUGUGCAUAUUUGUAUUUGUGCAGUUUGUCCCAGUGGCCGCUUUGGUAAAAACUGUGCCUGGAGCUGCAGCUGCACAAACAACGGCACCUGUAACCCCAUCGACGGCUCCUGUCAGUGUUACCCCGGCUGGAUCGGCAGUGACUGCUCCCAGCGUAUGUCAAAACCAACACAAGAGCCAGUCUGCCGUUUUUUUUAUUUGUUUAUUUAGUCCUUGCAUGAUAAGCAGAGGAUGACAAUGUCACUUACAUGCUCUCUGUGCUGUAGCGUGUCCUCCCGGUCAGUGGGGUCCGAACUGUAUCCACACCUGCAACUGUCACAACGGAGCAUACUGCAGCGCUUAUGAUGGAGAAUGCAAGUGCACACCUGGAUGGACGGGACUCUACUGCACACAGCGUCAGUCUCACACUCAAAGACACAAACAUCCACAUGAAAGAGGAGUUUACACCUCACACAGCUUGUUUUAAUUAUAUAAAAUGUUGGUGCACAAGUCUUGACACACAGCAGAGGUCUCUUAAUCCUCCCAAACAUUUUAUCUUUCUAAAUCAGGUAAACAUUUGAUAUCAGAAAGAGUGUGUGUCAUGUGACUUGUGCUCGCCCCCCUGCAGGCUGUCCAUUGGGUUUCUUUGGUAAAGACUGCUCUCAGAUCUGCCAGUGCAGAAACGGAGCCGACUGUGAUCACAUCUCAGGACAGUGCACCUGCCGCACAGGAUUCAUGGGACGACACUGUGAACAAAGUAAGAAACAGCGACUGUUACGCAUAUAUCUGCAUAUACCCCCUCCUUCUUUCCUGAGUUUAUCUGAGUAUUUUAAUCCUUAUUAUACUACUUCUUUCAACCCCUAAAAGUACAGUGGUCCUUUAAGGUCAACUGCAAUUUAUCAACAAAAAACAAAAACAUUAUCAAUAAAAAAGAAAAAAUCAACUCAAAAGUAAAAUAAAUUUUUACUUUGCACAGAAAAAAAUUAAUAAAACCCCCAAAAAUAAUUUAAAGGAUUUCAAAACCUCUUUAUAUAAUCCUUUUGCUUACAUUGAAUUUCUGUUUUAUAACAUAAUUCUGUUUCUUUCAACUUUUUGCAUCUAAUGGGCUAUUUAAUUAUUAUGUAGUUUAUUUUUUGGUACUUUCCAAAUGUUUAUGUGUUAAAAUAUUGUAAUAUAUUUUAGGAUUUUUUUCAUUUUUAACAUUUUUUUUAAUUUCCUUUCUGCAUUUUCAUUAAAUAUUUUUGUGUUUUUCAAAAAUUCUCAUAUGUCUAUGAAAAUAAAAUUGGACUUCAUGUUUCUAUGGCAUUUUUUAGUGGUUAUGCUUUUCAUAAGAUAUAAUUUUUAAUUUAUUAAAUGUUUUUUGUGUAACAUAAAGCUUUUUGUUUAUGAUUUUGUCAAUUUAAUCAUCAAAUAGUUUUUGUGUUUCGCUAUUUAAUAAAGAACUGUCAAUUUCUAUGUAAAUAUUCUUUAGUUAAGGGUCAACAAACCUGAAUGACAUGAUGAUGCUUUUAUUUGCAGAGUGUCCUCCCGGCUCUUACGGUUAUGGCUGCCGUCAGGUGUGUGACUGCCUGAAUAACUCCACCUGUGAUCACAUGACCGGGACGUGUUACUGCAACCCAGGCUGGAAGGGGGCUCGCUGCGACCAGGGUGAGGACCGGACUGGAGAAAGUUAGGGGCUGCUGGUCUUCAUCGAUGAGACGAGGCCACAGUCCAUGACACAUGCAAACUUGCUGCAUUUUUGUGCACACUCUCUGCUCUUUUUCAUUUUCUUUUGUCCCCUGAAUAAAAGAUGAGAAAGAAUCUUGAAAAAUGAAAAUUAAAUCAUACAUGAACUGUACUUUAAUUAGAAAUGGUUAACUUUUUUGUUUCCUCUUCCUGUGCACAGCAGGUGUGGUCGUGGUCGGCAGCCUGAACAGUCUGACGAGUGCAGCCAUGCAGGUGGACUCAUAUCAGAUCGGAGCCAUUGCAGGGAUCAUUGUGUUGGUGCUGCUGGUGCUCUUCCUCCUCCUCCUCUUCAUCAUCUACAGGAAGAAGCAGAAGGGCAAAGAGCCCGCCAUGCCAGCUGUCACCUACACUCCAGCUGUGAGGGUCACUGCGGAUUACACCAUCACAGGUACGGGUACAAGUUAACCCGCUUUACUCUGCAGCCUGAUCAGAACAGAGUCCUGCAGCUUCACCCCAGAAUCUGUUUUUUAAUCCUGACUUCAUUCAUGAUUUUGGCCAUUUUUUUCAGAAGCUCAUCCUCCGACAUGUGAGACUCACCCCAGUAACUACUUCUCCAACCCGAGUUACCACACUCUGACACAGUGCAUCAGCCCGCCACAUGUCAACAACGGACCGUAUGGAAAGGUAAGCUCUUUUCUGUCAUUGAAGCUAUUUUUGAUUCUUGGGUGUGUUUUUGAUUUGCCAUGUUUCUGAAGUUACACCCAAGUAAAAAGACGACAUACUUAUGAUUUCACAUACAUGUUGUCUUUAAAUGAAUGUUUUGAAAGUUGGUGUCUGGAUGAUUAUUUGUACAUUUCUUCAGACAAAGAACAACCAGCUGUUUGUAAACCUGAAGAACGUGGAUCAGAGGAAGAGAGGACCUCUGGCUGAUCACACAGGAACGCUGCCUGCAGACUGGAAACAGGGAGACUGCUUCAAUGAACUGGGUGAGACAAAGUGGACCCAUUAAUCUUCACAUAGACCUUUAUUCUGCAAGUUAGAACUAUAUAUAUUUCUAUCUUUUAAAGUAAACCUGAUCCACUCCACGAUACCGGUUCAGACUCUGCAACUUCAUCUAUUAAUUUUUCUCUCUCUCUCUUUAGGAGCAUACGGUAUCGACAGGAGGUACAUGGGGAAAUCUUUACGAGGUAAGAACCAGAGCGUAAGGAAUAAAUACAAAGCCGCACAGCUAAUAACUGGUAUUUACUAACAAGCUCCUCCUCCUUCUCUCCAUACGGUCAGACCUGGUGAAGGGUACGCCGUAUCACGCCAGCUCCUGCUCCCUCAACAGCUCUGAAAACCCAUACGCCACGAUAAAGGACCCACCGCUGCUGCUGAACAAAAACACAGAGUGCGGCUACGUGGAGAUGAAGUCGCCGGCCAGACGAGAUUCGCCGUAUGCUGAAAUUAGCAACAGCAGCCCGAGCAACAACAGGAAUGUCUACGAAGUCGGUGAGGACAACCUUACUUUUAACUAUCAGGAUGUAAACUGUACAUUUCUUACUGUUGUGAAGCUAGUUGAGACCAAAAAAGAAAAUCUCAGCUUCUUACUUCUUUACUGUCAUUUCGUCUGUCUUUGGUUCAGAGCCGACUGUGAGCACCAUCCAGGCAAACGGAGACAUCAGCAGCCACCUACAGUUUGGACAGGAUCCGUACGAUCUACCAAAAAACAGCCACAUCCCGAGUCACUACGACAUCCUGCCAGCCAGAGAGAGUCCGUCCUCAGAGCAGAACGAGCUGGACAGUGAAUGAGACUCAGAGACGAGUCUGGAUGUUUGAAGAGACACAAACAGGAGCUCUUUAUACCCACAGCAAACUCUCACUUCUUCCCUUACCGUUACUCUUCUACCUUAUCGUUGCUUUUAUGUAUCCUGAGGUUUUUCUGAACAAAGUGGGUAUAAAGGCGAGGCCGGAGGAACAACUGUUAUGUUUUUAUAGCGAUUUAUAAACUGCCAUGAACUCUUUGUAGGUCAUUCCACAUGUCUGAGGCUAAUAGUCUCAGUACACUCGAGUUGAAUCUGUUCACGUGAUGCUUUCUGACCACAGGAAACAAUAACUUCACUGAUCUCAGUCCAAGGAGCAUAUUCACAGUUAUAUUUACAUUUAUUAGCUGCUAAACCUAACGUGACAAAAAUAUCUGACAAAGGGUAAAAUGCACUGCAAACUGCUCUGCGAACUUGAUGCGACUUUGUCCUCCUGUACAAAAUUUAAGCCAAGGAAAAAUUGGCACUUCUCAAUGCAUGAGAACGCAAUAACCCCAUGCAACAAGAGGGAAAGUAUUUACAACGUCCUUCCUCAGCAAUGCAGAAUCACGCUGUUUGCAGACGAUACAGUGGUUUACUGCUCUGCUACAUUAUUUGGGGAAUGGAGGAGCAGCUUUUGGAGCAGAACUUCAUCUCUUAACCCCACAGUCAUCAUAGGAUUACACUUGCUUAGGUCUUAAAGUGAAAGUUGUAUAUAAGCAAACCACUAGAUCUACACAGAAGACAAGUGGGGUUUGCAUCCCUCUGCUGGUGUGCAGUGAAGCGUCAUGACUGGAGGAUUUUCUGAGAUGGGAAAAUGACAAGACCAGAAAAGACCUGCACAAUGUCAUUCUCUCUCUGAGCGUACUGAGUCCAUUAGGAUGUUUCUGUGCGACAUUCAGCACCAAUAAAAUCUUUAUUUUUGUAACAACAGUGUUAGAAAAAGAAAAAGGCUAAUUUGAGUAAAUGUUAGCGAAUAUAUCAAAGAGUAGACGGUUCACGAGGAAGAGUGGUGGAUUCAAGCUGCUGACAAUGUUCUUCAUCGCGCUCAUCAGUUAGUGUUGAUUAGUGUUUAUGUUAACCAAAGGUUCAAGUUCAUUCAGUUCAGUUUUUAGUAGCUUAGUUUAGAUCUCUGCAGCUUUAUUUAAUCCGAGAGGUUAUUCCUCGUGUCUAUAAUCAUGUUUCUAAAUCUUAAAAGUCAAUUUUCACUAACUCAGAUUUUCUUUUUGUCAUUAGAUAAAUUUAACCAUACAGCGAAAUAAACAAGUUUUGAUUUCACUUAGACUCUAAUAGAAUCAGUCAAUAUCAUAAUCAUAUCAGUCAAACUUGCUUUUUAACAGUAGCACUUUUAAAAACAAACACGUUUCUUGUGUAUUUUAGUUAAUUCAUGCAGUGAAUUUGGUUUGAUUAUGAUGCAUUUUGGUUGAAUGAGAACAGAACAGAAAAACAGAACAGAUGUUUUUUACGUCCCUUUUUACCUUUUGUUGAUUUACAUGGAAACAAAUUUGUAUUUUUAAUCUGAACACGAUGGAAAAGGAACUGUCUUUUUUAUUUAUUGAAAGGUUGCUUAAAAUGUUGUUGCUGUGUUUGAAAAAGAAAAAUAUUAAUGUGUCAAAGAUUUUCCGUCCCUCUAAAAACCAAGAAACCCAAAAACCAGAUGAAGACUUCACCAGUUUUACCAAAUUUAAUCUCGUGCUCAGUUGUUCCAAAGUUGAAACUUGGUUCAGAACAAUGCCAGUAUGGAAAUUCCCUUUUUUUCCUGUUAUGUACAGAUGUUUUUAUUUAGACAGACCUUAAGAAAAAAACAAAUUCAGAUCACUGCAGCUCUAAAAGGCAAUACAUAGUUUGUCCAUUGGGGGCGCCAAAACCAUGCCAAAUUGAAAUAUCAUCAGUGUAAAGCGAUUUUUAAGAAUUUUAGAAGAAAAAGUCCUUUAUUUAUCUCCUAGGCCAUGACACAGAUUUAACAAUUCAGUACCAAAGUGUUUUUCAAAAGUCUAAAUUAUCAGUAUCAUAGAAAAGUUUCCUACGGUUAAGUUCCUGUAACCGGGACAUCUGCUACAGGAUCAAAGUUAUCCUGAACAACAUAACAAAACAAAGCACAAUGAGCCCAACUAAAAGAAGAAAAAUAAAACACUCACUGAGGGUUUGAUUGAUCAAAAGCUGGAUCACCUGAUCGGAUGUGAUUUAUCUCCUUGAAACCACAUGAACAACCUGGUUUUCAAGAAUCAAUCAAAUCCAGUGGUUUUAAUCCAGAUGAACUUUGAACAACUGAGCUGAGAAGGACAAAAUAUUUUAAAAAAGCAAACUCUUAAUAAUUGUUUUAAAUUAUUUCUUAAAUAUAUUAUUUUUUUGGUUAUUUCUGCGCCCCUUUUAAGGUUUCCUCUUCACAUGUGUUGAUUUGAUUCUGGACUUGUUGGUUGUAGGAGAGGCAGUCUAGACCAGUUUUAUCUUUUGAAGAAGAUUUUAUGCAACAAAAUGUUAACUUUGUAGUUUGUUAACAAGAGCUGCCAACAUCCCUUAAACUUCAACAAGAGUUUCCAAAGUUUCUCCCAGCAGACAAAACUUGGUCCAAAUUAAAUAGUUCAUUCAUGUUUUUGUUAUUUAAACUCACAAAAAAAACUGUUAAUCAUUUUCCUCACUUUAAAGGGCUCCACAUUUCUAAUAAAGCGUGAGCUUAAGCUGGACUUUGGCUUUUUGCAGGAUAAUCAUGACAGGAACAGUUCACUUCAUAAAAAAAUCAGUUUGAAAUAUCGCCAUGGAAACCCGAAACAUGGUUGGAAAGUGUUGCUUCGAAUGAUUGUAUCUUUGUCUUUGUUAUACUCUGUAUGGCUUACAAUAGCAGCUUUCUUAUGCUGUUCUGAGCCUGUGUGACAUGUUUGUAAAAUAUUGUACAUAGUUUGAUCAGUUCUGGUGUAAAAAUAUUAACAUCACCCAGCGUCUUAUGUCCGGAGUGAAACAAGAACAAAUGUGGCUUCUGGUUCGCACUGAAAACGGGAAAACUUGAGACUCUCGUCCUCUACAGGUUCUGCAUUGUUUCUGUCAUCUUUUCCAUUUGUGUGUAUUUAAACUACCGCUGAGGGUGUUUGUUCUGAAAGGAACUCGAGGUUUUUGUAUCCAUGUAUACAUCAAAUUCAUGUUUUUGGUUCUGGAUGUAAAAAUAACCUGUGAAAUACAACCUGCCACUGUACACCUGUUUUCCAAAAACGAUUCAGCCACAAAUACGGUCAGAUUCUGUCUAUUUUCUUUCUGAAGUUUUGUUUUUUUUAUCAUAGUGACAUUAGCAGAAAUGCUUUUGAAUAAAACAUAAUAUGAUGAAACCGUUAA